AUGAGGACUGGUUUGGACCGAAUCCACAUCGCUGGAGGUUGGAAUGUUGGGGAUGAGAUGUCGGACCAAAAGGCCGUCAAAUUAAAAUCCGAAAUCAAUACCAACGGAAAUGUGGUACACAACUUAUCGUCGAAGCGGUUAAGCGAACCGGAACUCAGGGUGUUGAGUCACGAAGCCAAUUUUAACACUGCUGAUGUCACCCUAGCCGACUUCAUUGCCGCAUUUGAGGUCAUGUUGGCACGAAAUAACGCAACCGAUGAGGCUAAACACACGGUGCUUCAAAAGGUCACGUCUCUCCUGAUGACGAACAGGUAUGCUAGCAGCAUGUUGCCCGCAUAAAUAAAAGCAGUGGAGAGAUUAAAAAUGGACAAAGAUAUUAAAAUGCUACCGGCCGACAAAGAAAGAGCAACCGUUGUGAUGGACCGCGUUGAUUACAACGAGAAGGCACAAGCUCUCCUGGACGACCAACAGUCCGAUAAGUCAAUACAUGCCUUGCAGGCUAAAUCGAUGACUGGACAGCUGACUGGACUCUUAAGCCUACUCUUGUGCAACAAUGCAAUCUCAUUUGACGAAUAACGCCCGCAUUGGCUAGAUUCUAUGGACUACCAAAAAUCCACAAACCCAACGUUCCUCUGCGGCCAGUCGUUGCCCUGAAAGGCAGCCCCACAUAAAAUCUAGCCAAACGGAUGUUCCGAAAACUCAAUUUUCUCUCAGAGGGCCCUGUGACGUCAGUCAAUUCGGCCUCCCAAUUCCUUGCCGACAUUCGGGGAAAAACUAUUCAACCCCACCAAAUCAUGGUAUCCUUCGACGUUGUCUCACUUUUCACGUCCAUUCCACCGGACUUGGCUCGCGACGUGCUACGCAAACGCCUCAAAUAAAAGUACGACGAAACGGCAGAGCUCCUAAAAAUCCAGCACCUAAUGCAGCUCCUUGCAUUCUGCUAUCGAAACUUUUUCACCUUCGAUGACAGAACAUACGAACAAGCCAAAGGAGCACCCAUGGGUCCUAAAGAACCACUACAGACCUGCAUUUUGGUGCCGAUAUGUGAACGAUACAUUCGUCCUUAUUCAUAAGGGCGGGCUACCGGGUUCUCAAGACCUGCGUAACAGCAUCUCUCCCGACAUUCAGUUAACAAGAGAAGACGAGGAGGCUGAGAAAUUACCCUUCCUUUAAGCGCUCGUCACGCGUACAUCUGAUGGCAAACUCAGCACCACAGUGAACAAAAAGGCGACCAAUACAACCCAGGUCCUCAGCUACCAUAGCAACCACCCAUUGGUGUACAAACGAGGCUGAGAGGGCGCUUUUCGACUGGGCAAAAACGCACUGUAGCGAGCCCGAAGGAAGAAUGCAAGAACUACGGCAUCUCCCGGACCAGUUGACAAAGAACGGCUACUCAAAUAGUUUCAUCAGUCGCUCAAUAUGCACGCACCCACGACGGACAAAUGGAAGAGAGACCAACAAUUUGGUACUCCCUACCGCACAUAAAGGAUGUGUCCGAGACCACAGAACGAAUUGCGUCAGAGUUAGGCGUCGGCGUCGCUCAUCAUCCGGCGGAUACCACGUAUAAUAGAAUUAUGAAAAUGAAGGAUCGGCUGGACGCAGGUGAGCAGUCGGGCGUAGUCUAUCAAAUCCUCUGCCAUAACUGUACUUGCCAUUACACAGGUUAAACAGGACGACGUCUCAGCUCACGAAUACUUAAGCACAAACGGGCUGCUCGGAGAGGCGAUCCACUAUGUCAAGUCGUUACACCCACGCUGAAGGAAGGCCGUGAGUUCGACUUCGCCAACACGCGGAUAUUGGAGCGAGCCGGCAACAGGACAGGGCAAGAACUGUUGGAGGCGUGUGUGUCGGACACCAACUCUAUCAACAGACACAUUGAUUUGCCUGCGUGUUAUCACGCACUCCGCCCACGCAGCCAGGUGGCGCAGCUCACAUCGGCGCAAAGGACAAACGCCGCCACCACGCCGGGGGACCAUUGUGGGCCAGGCAGCGCAAACCAGACCUAUCCUCGGACGUAAUCCCCCCCCCCCUCACUGCAUAACGGUAUAAAUGCUCACACGUUGCUGCACUCUGAUGAUGAACUACUGUUCGAGUUUGAAAGCUAAGACCAGCAAAUCUAUCGUCCCAGAUAUCGUACAUUCGUCUUUUUUAGAUAAUGUUUAGUUGGCACGAUUGUGCAAGAAAAUAUCGGAAAGAGACGUAAUUUGAUGCCAAGCGUCGAGUGUGGGUGCACUUCACAUACAUGCUGCGCGAAAUUGGUGUCUUUACUUUCUGAUUAACCAAACAUGGGGCAACCGCAAGUAUGGAGUGGACGGCCGUCCCCCGUCAACCGCUAGCAACAACUCGAAAGUACAACCACUUAAUGCUAAUGAACCAAUUUUUUUCAAUUUGAGAAGCACGACCGUCAAAAGCACAUGAACCUAUAUGCCGUGGCAGGUCUUGGGAAGGCUUCACAACUCAGCGUUGUUUCGUGCUGACCUCUUCGACAAAAAAACUGAGGAUGUGCUGUGCCGUCGCCCGACGGUGCUGCCCUACGGCGAGAAGACGCGAAUAACUUACCAAAAGCCAGUGAGCAACCCCUACCGUUUGCCCUAACUUCGAGGGACACUGACAGCGAAUUGGUAAGGAUGGAUCCAAGAUACGCAGGAUCUGGAGGUGACCACCAUUUUUGACAACUCUGUAAUGAUGGAGCGGAUUCAGCAUCGGCAGAAUGGUCAUAGUAAGAGGACGGAGGAUCAGAAUCUGUCGAAAUGACUAUCCUUCAUUUAUGUUACUCCGGGUUUACACAGCUAAAAGGACAACAAACUGCAAAAAAACAGCUUGAAACCAUUGUUCAAAUGUUUUUUUUUAGCAAACUGGUGAAUCCUGGAAGAUUAUCAUGUACGUCUAGCGCAUCCCCAAGAUGGACGGCAUAGUUAUCAUCGACGCGAACUGAGUACAAAAGGCCAUGCAGAUGCUCCAAAGACGCAAAUCUUCAAAUCAGGUAGAGUGCUAACAGGGAUUAGCCCCUUUCCGGACGUUCACACUGUCGUCGUAACUUCAGUCUUUGUGGCAGUCCACUCCGUUGUUGCCGUCCUGGCCACUUACUCAUGCCCCUUUUCAGUUAGUUUGCUGCUGGAGUUGAGUAUGACUUGGAACUAGCGUGAGGAGAGUCCGAGGACAAUGGACAUUAUGUUCUUCGCCGAUUGGCUGUGGGCGGACAAAGAUAAGUUCACGCAGCGUUUCGUGUGUGUGGGCUAAAACUACACUUGCUCAAUGAGGAUUUACGCCGCUGAUGUUUACUGAGUUUCUUGUACGCUCUCUUGCCACAGUAAUGUUUGGCCAAUAACUCGGUCUUCUCUGCCUUCUAACUCGCAAACCUUCGUGUUGCCAAACAUCGCUCUUUGACAUUUCCAUUUAUUCGGCGGAAGGCCCUCGUGUCCAUUGCCCACCAACACUAUUACUACUACUACUACUACUACUACUACUACUACUACUACUACUACUACUACUACUACUACUACUACUACUACUAUCACCACCAUCCGCACAACCACCAACGACAAUAAAAACAUCAUCGCCAUCAGUAGCAACACCAAAGGCAGCAGAUCAACAGCGACAACAGCAACAAACCUGACACCACACCGACGAGCAAUACAAACGCUGACUACUCCCUCAGCAUCUGCCUGCAGCACGGCUAUACGCCCCCAGUCGGGAUAAGCAUGACCCAUCGGCAUCGCAAGGCAAGUAAUGUCCGAAUGUGCGGCAGAGGUUACGGCCAUGGAAACUACCAGUCGUAAAGUGGGAAAACGUCGGAAGACGCGAGCUGACAGAUACACGAACCUUUUGGGCCUUUUCUGUCGUAACUUGACCAGGUAUAAUCCUGACCACUGUCUGAUGUCAGACAAGCAAACAUGCGCACACAUUCGACACAGAUGACCCGUAGCCGUCGUCUAUCAUAUGGCCCUCAAGCUUGCACAAGUCUUCCGCAUCCGGCGGAUACGCCGCUCUUGGACUCAUACCAUCACGUCUCUCGGGUGGCCGGGACAUGCGCACAUGCUGCGUUGAAGACAGUCAGUAAUGGGUGCUCGCAAAUUCCAACGUCAUUCAUGUAGCUCAGCAGAAUGACACUGGCUGACUCUCACAUGACAAUUACUCAUUCGCAUCUACAUCACCUUAUCACAUGUACGCACGCACACGCGCAGAGCCGGCCGAGUGUAGGAGCUCUGACAACCACAGGAUUUCUGUGAGGAAUACACGACCUCUGCCUGUGUCUUUCCAGUGCACUUCAAAAACGCCAUUGCACCGUGAUUACUGUGGUGCUCUGAGUAUGCCUACUACUUAGACACUACACGUGCAUAAGUAUUUCACCAGGGUGUCCGCAUUGUGUGUGAGUGCAUAUUCUCUGGAAUUAUGUCAUCCCUUCGAAGUCCUCCUCUUUCAGAAAGUCAGCAGACAGGCGUGCGCUCAUAUCUUAUUUAGUAAAUGACCCGUAUACGCCAUGCUUUAGCGCACGUUUAUGUUUCUCGUCCCGGCCGGGGAUCAGGGAUAUAUCGGCUGGAAUGGAGGCAGAGUAGUCCAAGAACAGUUAUGUAUCCAGAAUGUGAUUACCGUAAAAGGCAAGAGAGACUGAAAAAGUCGCUUCUGGCUUUUUAAACGCCAGCAGCUAUCCAUAUCGAACACCAGACACACGACAUUUGAGUCUUGGACCCGCAAUCACUUAAUUAGAUGCCCAAAACUCUAAACACUGACUCAAACUAGACGAAUUAGUAGUCGCUGUUCGAUUUCCUGCGAGGCUGUAUAUUAAGUCCUUAAGCACAAAGAUUGCGAGUAGGUACGAUAGCGAGAUCGGUAGGCACCCACCGCCAUAUAUCUUUACACAUUUACUCGCAACUUCGACACUAUUCACUCUGUAACCCUAUUGUUCCAGUUGAAAUAAUUAUGCUUCCGCUGCUGAAAUCUGUCCGAGUACCGAUAUGAAGUGACUCCAAGCCUCCAGGACUAAGCCACCUCAAAGCCUGCAGUGGAUAUUCUUUGAGAGGAAGGAAGAAAAAGAGAGACGAUACACUGUAUUGUGAAAAUUUUGUUUGAGAAAUUUCUUUGCGUGGGCAAAUGAUGCUCGCGCUUGAACUAAAAAAUAUCUUGAAGAAGGAGACACGAUCGCCGGGACAAGAGCUUUAUUAGCCUGACGUUUCGGAUUCCUACUCGAAUCCAUCAUCAGAGACAAGAAGGCAGAAACGGGUCUUUAUAUGGGUUAGAACGUUUGCUAAAGGUGGCUGAUGGAUUGUCCCAAUAUUAUUGCAAAUAAUUAUGGUUUGUAUGGGGAAAAAUAUGAAAUCAGAUAUAAGCCCAUACUUUCCCACGCAUACAUUUGGCCGAACUAAAUGAUUUCAGCUUCUAAGAAAUCAUGAGUUCGAGCUAAUUUCGCAAAAUUUAGUCAACCGCAUCUCAGACAUUGCUUAUAGGAGUGAAAAACCUACAGCCCUAUUAACGUUGGCGGUUUGGCGCACAGCACCAACAAACAAUGCCUGUUAAAUUCCUGUAGAACGUCCACGGUCUACAGGAGUGCGCUCAAGUUCUCUUUACAAUUUUCCGAGAGUAGCGCUUGUAUAACCGUAGGAGUUUCAUAAAGAUUUUAUGAUCAUGUACGCAAUAGCUACUUCACCUUGCUGACUUUUGUCUUUUUUCAUUUGUCAAAAAAUAACAUUGUGUCCUAUUUAUUUUAGUACCUCUGUAUGUACAUUCCCUGAAAUGACUUGUUCGUCUGCUUCCUUGCAUACGUUUGCAUUAAUCCUGUUUGUUUAAAUUUUCUAUUGGAGUACGAAGGUCUGUUCAAGUUUAUAUCACUUCCAUCUCUAACCCUCCCUUCUGAAUAUUUCUGCAAAUCACUUUGGUUUGUGGCCAGAGUCCAGUGCGCUUGCAAGUGCUCACAGUAAAGAAAAAUAUAAUUAUACAUAAACUUGCAUGAGGGUGGACACAGGGCUGGAGUAGUAUAGGGUUUUUUGCUUUCUUAACAGUCUCAUCACCGCCGUUUAAGUAGAUCAAUAUCCAAGGUCAUUCUACCCUUGUUCAUUUUAACUUCGACGUCGCGACAGAGGACGUUAAGGUCGCUUGGAAUCAGGCUAGUUCUUAUUGUAAAGAAGGUGAAUAGCAAGGUAUGCACUCCGUAACUAUAUAUUCUGCACCUAAUUACACAUACAGGUAAUGAUAGAUAUUCAAUAACCUUUCAAAAAUUGUUAUCGAAGGUUGAAAUUUGUUCAGUUAGAAAUGUACCUUUCCUGCUUGGUAAAGUUUUAUUUUUAUGUCGUAUUUUCAUUGCUUAUCAUCGUUUGUGCCGUUCACUUAAAAUAUUUGGCAUACAUUGUUUGGAAUUCUGGUUAUUUACCUACGUUUAUGACUUGGUCACCAGCGCAAUUCCACUGGCUUUUGACGGACUUAUUUUACUUUUAAUAAUUAUCCUCCACAUAUUUGAAGGUAAAACCUCUUAAUGUUAAAAGAGGUCUUCAAGCAGUGGAUACAGUGAGACAUUUAGACAAAAAUAAGCGAUUAAACAAAAAAUGUCUGGUCACUUAUCACAUCAGAAGAAGAUAGCCCAGACUGUUAAUAAGAAUACUUAGAUGAUGACAACGAACCCUUGACAUCCACCCCUAACAAACUGCGCUUACUUGUCUCAACAGUGCAAAUUUCUAUUCAUAGAUGGAGGCGGCUGUUAUAGUUAGAUGGUCAUCUGUCGAAUAAGAUGUAAUGUCCUGGGAUAGAGAUCAGAACCUGAAAUUAAAGAGCGUACAAAUAACACGUCGGUGAAUUUGGCUUAAGGAGCCAGCUCUUAGGCGUAUUUGGAAUUUUGGUGACUCAUGAUUACAUAUGCGUCGGCCUGUGAAUGAUGCAGCCUUGACGAAUCACGCCCAGUAGAAGAAGCAAAAUGAUUUGACCAAAGUACGAUGAAGACCACAAACAAGGCAAACAAGCUUCGGAAGUAUAGGACACAGUGGAUAAGUUAGGUGAGAAAUUGCGUAGGCGACAAACUGAUUGAAACCAUCAAGCCUUUGUGCUGCGAACAGAAUAAUAAUACGAAGCAGAUAAUUCUUGACUCUACUUAGAAUGCAACGGCAAACGGCAAAAAUCAAAUCGUUUUUAUACCUUUAUAAAAUUGACUUGGUUACGCUAGGAGACGGUUGACGAUGUUUACGUGCUUCUGAAAGAUUGACCAACUGUCUAUAUUGUGACAUGCGUCUAAAUAUAUGGGCACAUGUGGACCAGACAUACGUUCUGGGGGAGCGGUCUUUAUUCUUCGAAAAAAAAGCAUUUCAUACUCGUUAGAAUUAUUGGUACGUCUGGAUUGUUCGGAAAAAUCUGGACCAACAUCGUUAUUUUCUAGCUGUUUAAUUUAAACCAGCGUAGGGGUGCCGUUGAUAGAUAACUGGAAUUUUGAGGCUUUGGAGAUGCAGUGCAGAUAAUUUGCGUAGUUCUGGCCGGUGCACAAUUUGCUACGGUCGCACUAAAUUCCACGAGAAAUCAGCAAAUACUGCUCGUUAGGAUACCAACUCCUGUUUAAUUUAAACCAAACUGCAUUUGUGUCAUUGAAUUAGACAUCAAAUAGGGCUUCCUACGCGCUAGUUAGAGAAAUUUACUGAGUUUGAUAACUUAGCGUAAAAAGAUUAUUCUGGGUGAGUUCUCUUGGCCUUUCUCAACGUAACACAGCUGAUUUUGAUUAGAUAUCUGCGCAUGCGAACACCACCCCAGUCAUAGACUCUAAUUUAUUUGUACUUCCGCGCAUUAUGCAUUUUGCUGGCCAGAUUACAUGCCUACUUUUGAUUAAAUACAUCGUUUGUACGUUAUGCACAAGGCAAAGUUGAAAAACCACGCAAAAUUGUGCGGCACCAUAAAUCUAGUUAAUUUCGAGUUUCUUGCUAUAACCAAAACUCACUCUUCGAUGAGGUAAUAGUAAUUGGUUGCAGUUGAGCAAGUGGGCACGUCGCUUAAGCCCUUUUAUUGCCUCCUGAAUAAGAGCAAGUCGACGGAAAAACCUAACAGUUUUAAACUGGUCAGCGCUCAAACGAGCGGCAAUGGAGUUAGAUAAAUAGGGUGAGUGAACGGUAAAUAAUAGGUCACUAAUUAUAUUGUGGCGCAAUUGCCAACGACUGGGAGAGAAACGCAGAUGGAGCAACCCAAAAGUUGCUUUCGUCAAUGAAUACCAGUAGCAAAUCUUACCUUCCUUCUUCCAUCAGUUCGCGAAGUUCUUGGCUGGAGGAAGUGCAGAAAAUUUGAGAACUUUUGAAAUCACAUAUUCAUGAGAGUUGUGAAUAAGUGACCUACGCAAACAGACUACUUUUGCUGCCCAUAACAAGAUAGGGAAUUUGCCGUUACAAUCCAUAUGCGUGCCGAUGUGCCACGCCCCGGACACACAGACUUAUAUGUCUGAACAAUUUUGUCUGUUGAUGCUAGGUUUUAUGUGAACCCCAUUAUGUCCGACCUCCGCCCAGAAGUCCCGGAUCGGUUUUUGUUGUCAGAGUUAUCGUGAGGUCUGCAAUGUAUUGGGGACGGCAAGUGGGAUAAACGUAGUAAGAAGAGCUACGGUACAAAAUACGAUGCUUUCAGAUUUCGACAACACUGGCGGUCAAUUGUAUCGAGAAGUACAGUUACAAACACACACUUACAUUUAUCAGAGGGGAGACAAAAGAGUCUGGGGGUAGAUUGAUACAGCACUGUUUCGGCUUGUUUGUCUACAUUCAGCCAAUCAUAAUCCUGACCACCAGCUGGUACCAGAAACACAAACAUGCGCACAGAUGCACCUGGCACAGUUGGUCCACCACUGAGGCCUACCAGAUGGGUCAUAAGCACUUAAUCGAACCGAAGUUCAUCAGUGCCUUGCCACCUGUCAUUCUCUGUCGCUGCAGAUCGGGUAUUUAUCAAUCAGGAAUGGGCGCACACCGAUCCACUGGCUUCCCGAAGCAAACAAGCUUCGUAUGGGCGAUAAGGGUCACGAACAGGCGACCACCUACCAGGCCGAAGUCGGCCAAGCUAUGAUAGCAGAGAGGAGACGACGGAGUCUGGGCGUAGAUUGAUACAGCACUGUUUCGGGCUUGUUUGCCUUCACUCAGCCAAUCAUAACCUGACCAUCGGCUGGUACCGAAAACACAAACACUUACAUAUAUACAUAUGCAAAAUGCCGACAAAGACAAGGGAGACUGUAAUGGUCAUUUCUGGCUUACUAGCCGUCGUCUGCCAGUCAUACCCAGCCCAGAGGUCUUGAGCACCUGAGGCUCGAACUCGCGACAUAUUAGUCAGAAGUCCAAUACCUCUACUCACUGGGCCACGGGCCUGUUUUCCUGUCGGUUUCGAUCGGGAAUGUACAAUGGUAGAGGGGCGCUCACCGAUCAUAAGGCACAACAGAAUUAGUCAGUUCUGUAGGAACGAUAGGUGAGCGCCCCUCUAUCAUUAUAUAUAUAUAUAUGAUAGUGCUUAGGACACCUAUAAGGACAAAACACUGUUUUAGUCGAAAUAAUGGCUCAGCCAGAUGUGUUCUUGCGUCUCCUCUAUUUUGGUGAAAAAUUUACUACAUCUGUCGGCUACAUUCAAAUAAUAUUUUUGGAAGCGUUGGGCUAGUGUGCUCUGGUAGUUUCUCAAGACGCCUGUCACUUCUGAGAGAUCAAAAGUCAACUACAUCGGCCAAUAGUUUUGUGCACGUGAAAUUAAAGCCUGGUCAUGUUCAAUUUUUUACUGCAGAGUUUCUAUAUUUUAGCCAGAAACAACGAAUACAGUGGCUGCUUAUCCAGUUUGUCUAUAAUGGCCGAUAUCUGGCUUUCUGUUUUAUUUAAGUUACAUAUAAACGGUUAGCAGGUACCAUUUGUAAGACGAGUAUAGCACAAUACCGUGUAGCGCGUAUAAAAGCAGCUAUUGUAUUUGGUGUACAUGUCAAAAGCCAUUGAAAACUUCAUAGGAAAGAACAAUGGUCUGUAUGAAAGGCAGCUAAUAUGCAAUUGUAGUAUACAGCAUACAUAAGUCCGAAAAAACGGGACUGUUAAAACUGGGUGGAUAACACGGGUGAAAUAACGUCGAGCAAAACCUCCACUACAUUUGCAAGCAGGUUGGCAGUUCAAAUUUAGUGAAUACUACACAUCUCAAAUGAAAGCGCGUUCCUGAGUAUUUCAGGAAGAGUCGCAAUUUAUGAGCUAUAAUCGCGCGUGGUAAAUAUAGUUUUUUGGAAAGGCAUUCUUUUGUCUACAGUUGUAGGCCGCUGCCUUUACGAUGUGAAAUCGCACUCAAACUUUACUUUUAGCAGUGUAUACGCGGCUGGGUAGUCGUUAAUACCAAAACCAUGUGCUUUCAAAAUGCCUUUUGGAAUUUUGAUUAUUCAAAUACUGGUUGUUUGGUGUGUAAAAGGCAGUUCCAUAUAUUCUGAUACUUUUUUGUUGGCAUGCCUAAUAGAUCAAGCAGUUGAAACAUAACAUGCUAUUUAUGAAUAGAUCCUGAUUUAGAGGAUGAAGAAAUACAUGCACAUCUACCAUGAUCUGGCGUCUUUAUGACAAGAUGCACAUUUAUUUGCUUGCAUGUUUGCAUGUAGCCGCAGCAUUAUUUGAAGUUUUCUAUACGCCGCCUUGAAUAUUUCACAAGAAUUGUUCCGUCGUUUAAAAUAAAUCCCGAUCAUCCCUUAAUGAACAAGCUUACGGCGUUUUUGUCACGUUUCCCCCUUCUCUUUUCGGUAAAUUAGAAUGGUCAUACUUAUUAAAGACAGGAAUUCCCAACUCCCUCUCUUCGAAAGCUUAUAGCUGUGCUGGUUCAGUGCAGAAGUAGGGGUUUUAUCCUUUCCAUUUAUUCGCGGAGUCCAACAUACAUAGUUCGACCGUCGUGCCCGACAAUAUCCAUCUUGUGCUUCACUGCAAGGUGCAGCAGGCACGGUGGCUUGCGCCUGAUUUCCUGCAUAGUGAUGGCAAACUUGCGCGGCAUCUACCCCACUCCCUCCUCCUCCCCUCCUGAGCCCAGUGUCAAGAAGACCAGUGGUGAGAGAGGGAGCGGGUGUCUGGUACAGCCCAACCUGUACCUAGGCCUACCACCACACCCUCUGGCUCACAAAAAACUCUUGGCCGGGAUUUGGACCAAAACAACCACGCCAGGACGGGUCGGGGAUUAUUGGGCAGUCAUACUUAUGACCUGUAUACCCAGCGGGAGCGCAAGAGCAUCUACCAGCAGGUAGCCAUGCGCCGGAAAACUGCUAGCGCGCGCCAGGUUCCCAAGGCCAUGGUUUGUUGAUCCCGACAUAACAGACGCUUACGGGCCUUUUGGUUCACAAUGGUGAAAUGCAGCCCCGCAUUUGCCCGGGCAAUCAAAGGCUGGGUAACCAGUCAGUCACUACCCAUUAAUGAACACAUCCGCCCCUUGUGCUCCAGAGUAUCACGGAUCACUUUAAGAGGGAGCCGUGGCACCCUGACUCUUAGUCCACCAGUUCGCCACUCUACACAAACACACACACACAACUGGGCAGACUGCGUGGUCUGAGUUGAGGCGUCGGUCGGCAGUCUUCCAAGCCGCGGCGCUUGGCGUACUGUGAUAGGAUCACACAUGUAGCAGUGGAGCUGCAUGGGGAAGCAGCGGAGAAGCGCACUUCCCACUUGCGUAAGAGGUGUCAAUUGAGUCCUUGCGUUAUGUGAUAGUGGGUAACGAUGUUGUGUGGUGUAGGUGCUGGUGGGGAAAGGUAUGAUGGUAUGACGCAGUCGGCGGUUGUUUGUCGCGGAUUUCCAUGAAUAUGCAUGUGGCCUUGUGGGCGCAUGUGGUGAGUGAAUGUGCGGGGGCGGUGAGGGCAGUCCAGGCGGAUGCGGUGAGCGUGGGUUAAUGCUCCAGGAACCGAUCCGCCUGUCUCUGUGCGAUUGAUUCACAAGUGAUCGACCAGACCAAUAUAUGGGGGCGAAUGUGCGAUCGCUAUGGGGACAGGCAUGGACCGAGUCCACAUUGCUGGGGCCGGAAGUGUUGGUGGGGGUGGUGGUGGUAGUAGUAGUAGUAGAAGAAGGUGGUGGGACGUCAGACGUCGUCUCAUCAGUGGGGGGAGUGCGUGAAUUCGUGGUGGUGAUGAUUCUGGCUGCUGCGGCCGUUGCAGGUGUUGAAGCAGGGCGGAUGGUGGUGACGAGCAACGACAGCGUGAUCGGUGGUGACAGGGGUGAAGUGAGCGGGCUCACCCUGGUUGCCUGUGGGAUGGGGCGAAGGGGAGGAGGAGGAGGAGGAGGAGGAGGAGGAGAGAGUAUUGUUUCUGUUUUGAUGGUUUUGAUCGCACGUGCGAGUCACGGUCCGCGUGCAGAUGUCGUGCAUCUAGUUUUGUUUACGUCAUUUUUAGCUCCUGCCCCUCGCAGGGGAAAGCAGUGCUCUCUCAAAGUAGGGCUGCUUUGUUGCACCAGACGUGUACCGUUCUCCACUAUGGGUCACGGGGUUCAGUGACGGAACGACCAAUGACCUGGGUCGCCUACGUAAUUGCAUGUCGUUGGAGGAGAGCCAGGGGGAGGAGGGAGAGCGGAGAAGAAGGGCGGAGCAGAGGGGGGGGGAGGAGAGCAGGAUUACCGCAAGAGGAGAUAUACAAACAGAUAUCGCCCACCGAUUGGGGCGGUUGGCGGUGCACGGCCGCUAGAGAGCCUAGCUUUGAGGAGCCACAAGUGGGGGUUGGGUGCCAGUUAGUUGACGCUAGGCAUGGUCAACAGCUACUAGCAAUCGAGCGACCUACUACAACCUUCACUUGAACACCCUUACGCCCCCGCGCCUGAUAAACUACGUGCAAAUUACCAUGUCACUCAUGAUCAAGUCGAUUUGUGAAAAAGCUAACACAGUGCUGAAUGCUUUUCGCGCUUUGCAGUUUUUAGAAAAUAAAAAAUAACAACACUGUUUAAAGUUUCCAGCGUCCCAUUUUCCCUACUUUGCAUGGGAUAUGGUUUUUCCGGAAAAAUUAUUCCAUAAGUCCCUUCCAAAUAACUCGCCUUUUGGAUUUUCGGAGCAUUUCAUGGUUUCGUUUUGGCGAACUAGAAUGGUCACAUUGGAAAAUAAAGGCUGGAAUCUCCAGCUUCAUUUCUCAUCCCCUUUUUAUUUUAGACGCAAAUUAUUUGAAGACAGCGCAGUCGUGGUCAAAGUUCCAGUACGUGGCAUGGAAGCCAUGGACGAAGUGAAGAAAUUUAUUGAAACCGCGAAUGUGGCGGUUGACCGGGUUAUUCAGGCAAGUAGUCCAAGCCCAGUCUGUGAUAUCUAUACGUCAGGUUAAGGAUGAAGUGCUUGGAAACACGGAAAAGUUUGAAUACGACGAGCAAAUGCUGAAAUUGUUUAAGGCAGCAGACAAUACCUACAGACUAUGUGAACGACUGAAGUCAGGAAUUAACGCAUGGCUGAAUCCAAACCAGGGUAAGCAGUUAAUUUUACAGUAUAUUACCUAGUCUUCAAUUUUAUUCCAUUAGUUGCCUCCUUUAAAAUUGGACAAACUUACUUCCACUCGACAUGUCACGCCUAGUUGCGUCUUCGAACUGAAGGUCACAUCUAUGGCAAGAUUUUUGUUUUAAUAUGCCGGUAGAGCACCCUUCAGAAUACUUAUAAAUUCUGAAUUUUUAAAAGGUCCUUAUACAUGAUUUGUCAUUUUAUGACUCUAUUUUACAUAUUUUUAAAAUAUGUGAAGUGUAACGGUGUGAAAUUGAUUUUUUUCUCAGUUGAGCGUCUUCAGGAUAAACUGACCGCACGGUUUCUAAGCGCCAAAACCUCCAGACUGACUUCCUCGGGCCAACUUGCUAACGACGAAUUGGAAAUCGUUCAGGAACUGUGUGAGGACAGCGGACUCGGUAAGAUAUCCCGCAGUGCAUGUUUUAAGUUCCUAUGUGGGGCAUCACCCUUCUGGGCUUUAAGGAUCGUGCGUCUAUGCUAUGCCAUUAUUCAGCAAAUCAUGGCCCUCGCAGCCUGGUGUGUGUGUUCUGGCACCCGGUCCCCUGCCGGUAGAUGCGCUUGCGCUCCCGCUGGGUAUACAAGUGGUGGGCAUGACUGCUCAGUCAUCCUUGUCGUCCUGACCCGUUGUGGUGGUGUUGUUGGUUAAAAUCCUGGUCAAUUGUUUGUUGUGGACCCGGGGGUGCGAUGGUACUCCUAGGUGCGGGUCCGGCUGUGCCAGCUACCUGUGCCCUCCCUCACCUCCGAUCUUCUUGACAUGUCUUGACGCUGGAUCCAGGUGGGGGAGGAGAGAGUGCGACAGGUGCUGUGCAAGUCUACCUCCACCAUAAACUAAUUCACGCACGAGUCACCGUGCCUGCUAUAACCUCGCUGUGGAGCACACGGUGGACAUCGUCGCAAAGACGGCUGAACUGUCAUGUACUGCACCGUUUAAACAGUAAUUGCCCUACUUAAGAUAGAAGCAAGUGGUAUGCUAACAAAAAAUCUUGUCGCACUCAGCGCCUGUAUCUCUUCGCCAUUGCGCGGGUUCUUGUCCAUAACAAUUUCUAUACGGUCGAGAUUCGAUCUCCGUCGCUGGAGAAGGAAAUUGGUCGGGCCAAAAAGAUCCGUCGCAGAAGAUUGUCAUGAGUCGCGAGGAAAAAUUCGCGACAUCAUUGAGGCCGGCUGGAUGAGGCGUGAUCGCAGUCGUUCCAAGUAUGUAAGUACAAGAAGUAUCCGUCUGUUCGCUAUAAUCCGACAAAGAAAACCACCAUGACAAGAGCUCCCAAAAAAUUCACCGAGGAAUCAGUCUAUGCUCGACACAUACAGAGGCAGACGAAGUGAAAAAAGCUGUGAUUUUCAAAUCAGAGCCGGCAGCAUUUACGGUCAUUUUACUGCCCGAGCGUUCUGCGUGGCACGGGGGGAGGGGAAUUUCGCCAAACGGCAUUGAUCAGAAGUGUCUUCGACGUCUCAUGUAGCCUGUGCAAACGCACGUGACUACUCGACAGUCAACAAAUCUCUCGGCGCAUUUUCACGCGGCCCUUCUUUUGCCGCAGCCUAUCUGACUCUUACCUGUUUAGAGCUUAGACAGCAACCUUGACGUGUAAAUCGAAUUCUGCUGUUCACGAAGCUCUCUCACUCAAGACGUCCUGUUCCCUUGAUUUAGAAACAAAUCAGUUUUGACAGUGUACUUCUUAUCUGAGGGGUAGUGUUAUGACUUGCUAUUCAUUGGCUUAGCUCAGAACAAAAUGCAUACUCUCACAUCGGCAUAGUUAAUGGCAGCUUGUUGUGGUUCCUACGUAGGUGGGGGGGGGGCAUUGGAUUUGUCAACGACACGACAACAGGUAGUAUACGGGUCACCCGAAACAGUAUAAAAUCAACCAUUUCGCCGAUGUAUCUAAUUUCACCACCUGGAGGUGGGCAGACUUGGACAGAUCACUGAUGCGUCAAAGGAGGAAGCGAGAAAGAGCGGAAAGAAGGCAGAUUAAGCUAGGUUCCCCUGCUGUGGAUAAGAAAUGUCGUGAAAAUAGUUUACUUUUAACAAUAAUUGGCAAGCGAUGAAGACCAACAUUGUCCCGUGAAUACCAUCUACAGUCUGUGACCGCUCUCGUGAGAAGUUAAACAGAAUUCCGAAAUGUCUUUUCAAUUGGGAAGAAAUGUUUAAGUUGGGCAGUCAUAAUGACUAUCUUAUGACAUAAACUCGUAAUGUUUCAGACGCGGCAGGAUGUUGGCUUUUGAAUAAACCUCUUUUUAACCCCUUCAAAAACAGCACUCAGCAAAAGUGACUACAUAGGAAGUAUGCAUAUGUAUAUUAUUUCUAGAGGCCAUCAAAAAAUCCAAAAUUUUUGCGUGAAAAAAAUGCAUACAAGUAUUGUUUUUGCAUUCAUUUGGUGGCAAGUCAUGCCUUCACUAAAGUUUUUAUCCGAAGAAAGGAUGCGUUUUGAUUUUAAAAAUGGUUGAAUAAUGUUGAACUCUACCCACCAGUGCACUUUUAUUUAGGGUUUUCAAUCUACAAGCUGGAUACUUUCCAUAUAAAGACGUACGGGGCCUCAUAAAAUGUUGCAACGGAUGCGGAUUGUAUUGUAUACUUAACCGGGUGUAUUUUUAAACAGACAUAUGCGAUACUAUUCGGAUGGACAUUGCACAGUCUUAAAAAUCCCAUAAUUGGAAACUGUUUUAGAGCGAAAAGAUACCAUUUAUUUGAGCAUAAAUCUUACCGGAUGAGUACAAAAAAUAAUGUUUUUAUGAAGGUUUUCUAUAAAAUACACUAGAAUUUAUAAGGCAUCCGAAUUCAAUAGAGGAAAUGAAUAUUACUUUUGUAAUUAUUUUUUGCCGAGAACAGUUUUUGCAGGCUGCCGAGAAAAAGUUCAUUCAAAAGCUAACAUCUCGGCGUGCCACAGAAUGAUCCAUAGUACAGCCCCAUUUAAGUACUACUUCCUGAUCGAGACUACGUGUCAGAAUUUUGACUAAUAUUUCAUGAGAUGGGUAACUGACCGAACAUCAUCACCUCUCCCCAAACCCGCCAUGCUCCAGAGACAAGACAGGGUCGGAUCGACUGGAGAUGAGGGGCACAGGAAACCCGGCCCGUGGAUCUUAACCGUUUUAAGUUUCCCUGGGAGACCCCUGUAUCUCCCGUACUUGGAGACUGUGAAGGUCACGUUUUGAAGGAUCUAUUGCAGUCUGACCUUCAGACCCGCGCAAAAUCGAGUUAUUCCUCCAGAUAGCAACUAUUCGGCUGCCAGCGCUUCGCGGAAGCCUCAAACGUGCUUGAUUUCGUUUACGACGGAAUGCCGCGAGGGUGGAUUUAUUCGUAUGAUCAGUCUCAUCCUUUUCUUCCUCUCCUAGGCACCAUUGGCUAAUCCAAGCCUACCAGCUAGCUGAUGCUGAGAUUGUAAGCAGUAAGUCCUCCGCUGAUGGUGUGCCGUAUAGAAUUAUGAUAAGACUACAGAAAUCACGUGGACCCAGCGCAGCCCAACCAAUCUGAUUCUCGUUUACAGCUAGCGCAUCAGCAAUGCGUCCCACGUGAAAGAUGAAUAAGCACACAUACAGGUUCCAAGCACGACUUUUGCACGAUCGUAUGCGCCCCUACAGUCGCCUCUUCCCUGCAUCCGCAGCCCGUUCGCCAACUCCAGACUGACAUAACUGGUAUAUGCUAGGCUACGGUGGAAGCGUGUUCAUCGAUCGAUUAGGGGACGUGAUCGUUCUGUUAUGCGCUGAGACUCAGUCUAGAGUCCACGACGGCAGUCGCAUAGUGGUCAUCAACGUAUGCGUUCGGCUCAAUGACCAAAGAUCCUGGGUACCAGCCGCACUGAACAUGGGGUUGGGUAUGGUUGCCCGAUGAUGGUUAGAAAGCUAGAACUGGCCACCUCGAUCCGCUUGGACUCUUUCGGUACUCCUUUCAAUUUAUGGCAGAAUUCCCAUUCACCACUGCCCCCGAAUUUGGUAUUUGGCGGAAAGCACUUUACCUAAUUACGAGUGACUGUGCCGAAAAUUGGUGACCCCGACGUAAAAAUGAAGAGCCAACCAACGGAGUUAAUUUAAGCCUUUCGCCAUGCAGUUGCCCUCUCGAUUUCCUGUCCCAAGCCCUCCGUGUCACCAUUUUGCCCACGGAAGAAGCGUGGUCUUCUACAUCUCGUCCAACCGAAAUGGUUGUUGCCGGCAAGUCGAUGAGUGUAAAGUGAACCCGUAAGCAGACACCACUUUCCUAGAUAUGUCACUGUCGAUAGUUAUCUCUUCCCUUUCCGGAUGCUUCUCUUUCAAUCGAUUCCAAUGAGCUCUAGGCAUUCGAGGUGCCCUGAAGUCUAUUCUGACUUUGAAGCUUUCACGACAGUAAAUUCCCAUCGACGAAUUUGUCUGAGUCUGCAUUCACUGCGCUUCAUCCACCUGCAUCUCUCCGAAGGCCGAGGCACUACUUCGUCGGCCGACUGUGUUCAGCCUGUCGACCCCUUCACUCCGUUUGACGUUUAGGAGUGAAGGGACUGGGGACAUUCACUAUUAGUCAGGAUUUUGUUCCAGGCAAAUUAUCAUACGCUGGGUAACGUUGCUUCGUUUGCGCCCGAAGUUUAUCUCUUGGCUUAGUGGACGCAACCGUCCAGAUAAACAAAGUGCGCGUAAAGGUGAACGGCCAGUCAAGUCAGCCGCUUAACCGAUACUUUAAUCAUUUUUAAUUUCAGCGAAGAGUCGGUCACGAAGCCAUGUAUGUCCGUAUCGCGCAGUGUAACCAGUGCCGAGGUUGCUUCACUUCAGAGUUUUUUUUUCGGAAUAGACGCCUUCCAUUACUGUCUCGUUUUUCACCGAUAAAAGCAACUUGGUUUUGCGACCGCGGUGGUUGGCUUACACCGCUUGACCUUGACCGCCCCGAUAGUGACACUAGUAGUGGCCGUGGUAAGGUAGCGUUGGUGCAACAGUGGUAUGCCAAAGUCAAAUGUCGUUCGUUUUCUUUGGAUGCGAGGAACGAUAGAUCAUGACACGCGGCGUACUCUGUUUCGUGCUUAGGUCUGCUGCCUCCUCCAUAUUUUGGUUGAAAUCCUAUGAUUGUAGAUUGUAGUUCUUUCUUCCUAAUGAUAACGCACUAUUGACCAUUCAAUGCGGCAUCUCGACUGCCGUGACUGACAACGCUCACCGUGUGCUUCACAGCAGGAUGAGAGCAGAGACGGUUGUUUGCGCGUGCUUUCUUUUAUGGUGGUGGACUUGCGAUGUAUCUACCGCACUCUUACCUCUUCCCCCCCCCUGGGUCCGGUUUUAAGAGAUAGUCAAGGAGGCCGGAAAUGGAGGAGGGCGUAGGGGACUGACAUGGCGAAAACCUGCACCUAGGCGUACCACCACAGCCCUCGUCUACGGGCUUAACUGACCGGCAUUUUAUACAACAGGACAAGUAAGUGAGAUGAGAUGGAUCUCAAUGGGUGCGGCCUGAGCCUGCACGUAGGCGUGCUGCCAUGGCCCGCAAUGUUGACAUUUGUUAUGGAUAUGUAUUCCAGAUAACGCCUAACGGACUCCGAUCCAGCCCCUGUGUUGGUCGUAGCCCGUUCCAGACUCAUCGUUCUAUGCUAAGACUUAAACAUGAUAGAUAACUGUAAAAUCCAUAUCAUGGUAACUGCAUCACCAUUCAGACUUAUGUCUAUGAAAGUGGAUCUUUGGUUCAUCUGGAUGAAUUUGGCAUAAAACUGAAGCUGUAGAUCAUUUGCGCACGCCAUCCAGCCCCUCAAACUAGUCCUUAUCAAGGUCAAAAGUUAACUCGUGAAGAUGGCGUCACUGACAGUGCGAUCUCAAGUUCAAAUUAACCGAUAUGUCUUACUUUGGUGCGCCGUGGACUUUUAUGCUACACUAAAGCGCAGUGAACCCUACUGCUCUAAAUCCAACCGUCAAGGAUGUCGGUUACACCCACGCCCUCUUUCCGUCUAAACUGCGGUACUUAAAUGCGGAUUUGUGGGGUGGACCUCAAAAAAAGCAAUCAUGUGACGCCUGAAAACUAAACCAUCGCCCAGGACCCGAUAGUUUAAUGCAGGUAAUUGUUGUGUUUCAAAUUGGUGGUGCACUCGGGGAGGGCACAAAUCAUUAGGGGGUCGAUGCCUUGCGACAGGGUGCCCUUGCUUCCCGAAGUGAGUUUUGACGCAUUCGAGUGAUUCUCGUGACCCACUUACGGGACACUCGGCGGCCUUCAUGAGAUUCGAACGCACGACUGCAAGGACAAGACUUGAACACAGUCAACGUUCCAAACACCUGAUUCAUGAAGCUACAGUUUGGUCGGAUACAUCGUUUAAAUCUUCCAAAAGCUAAUAAAUUAAGCGAGCCUGGUAGUUAUCUGGCGGAUUCUAAAUUGACUGCAUAGGAAAUCCAGCAUGGAUAGUCCGCUUUAUUUAACAACAUUGCUGGGUUUCAUAUGUCGCAAUAGGUUGGACGGGUAAAUUGACCCAAAUGUCAUUAAUCACACAGCCCUCGAUCGGGGCAUCAUAGCUCAGGCGGUUUGAGCGUUGGGUGUAAUCAAGCCUUGCCCUUGCUGUCGUGGGUUUGACUCCUACUGAAGUAGCUUGGUCUUUCGAGACUAGGUCAGUUGAAUUACUCACAUCCGCUCUCAGCCCAUGUUUAAGGCAGUUCCUUGUUCAAGUGAAAUUUGCCAGUGUCUAAUCAGCUGGUGGGCGACCAUUCAGGCUUCGCAAACGAAACCCGCAAGAUGACCAGUACUUUAGGGACGACGGUCGGGUGUGUCUAUUUAUGUCCGUCUCUUUCCAAGGCUAUUCAAUUCACUAUCCGCGUCCUGCCCGGGGGAGGAGUGUGGGGUUCUGGUGAAUCGUCGACUCCGGCCACGGUACGACUAACGCGACCUGUGUCCCCGUUUUCGGACCUCGAGCUCGUCUCCUCGGUGAAGUUGCCCAUCACUAGGCUGUGUUCAUAAAGCCGCGAACUCUUGGCGUAGCCGGAUGUGUCAGUUCAUCGAGUGGUCGUUCUACAGCCAGACCCUCCGUAGCUGUCCACAGCAUGGUCGCGGCUUUCCCUCGUUGAACAAUGUUUCCCCUGGGCUCCCAGAGGCCCGCUGACAGCGGAACACAAAAUCACCUCGUCGCCAGCAGUCCUCUACUCAUUGACCUCACACUUUCAAUCUCUGAGAAAGACAAAAUGCCUAACACCAGAAUGGUCACGGCGAACCCUUAGGCACGCUGUUGCAUCAUGCGAAGGCACAGAAUCGGCGAAACUCAUGCCAGUGCUGGGAGCGUGACAAAUCACUAUUUGGCGAGGUUCGGUUCUGCAGCCCCACUUUUUGAUACCAUAUGGUUGGCUACUAAAACAAUUUUAGUAGGCGCGGUUACAGUGACUUCACAUAUUUCACGUGUUUGCGCCUUCCUUACUAUUUUAAUCCAGCGAGUGGCUGUGCCACAGGGGAGGGGUUUUUUUAUACGCCUGUCGCGGCUACGACAGGUAUCAGUACACACGCGCUUCCCUGCGCGUGCUUCGAUCCCUGCUUGCGCCCUCUCUAUUAUCUCAAUCCAGCGAGUGGCUAAGUAGGCUCCCUAAUCUAAUCGUCCCGGUGGUAUGGAACUCCAUCGGUUCCGCUAUAGCGUCCACGCACUGCGAAGUAGCGCGUGGGCCCCGUUAUGGCCUUCCAGUUGUGAUUGCAUCCUUCUUAUCCUCUUAAUCCAGCGAGUGGCUGUUUCGGGGGGAGAGUGUGUACACGCCACCUUCGGUUAUACCAAACAUCGGUUCAUAUGCACCUCCCUGCGCGUGUUUCCAGCUCCGCUUGUUCUCUCUUUCUCUUCCUAAUUCAGCGAGUGGCUAAGUUAGGUAUGUUAACAAAACUUGCUUUAGGAAGCUAACCAUUCAAGGAAUGAUCGAUCUCAUGAAAUGUUGGCUGAAAUUCUGAACUGCGUCUUCGAUUAGGGAGGAUUACCUAGGCGCGGUUGUAAUACUGAUUAUCUUGCGGCAUAAUCUUAUAAUAUUUUGGACUCCAAAGGAUGCCAGCUUUAAAAUACACUUCUUUUUACUCGCCUGUAGAAACUGCACUCGGCAAAAAAUGACUACUUAAGUGGCAUGCAUUUUUCCCCAUUGAUUUUCGUUGGCCGUGCAAAUUCAAGUAUAUGCUAUAGAAACCAUAAACAAAAAUAUGCUUUUUCUUAGUUAUUUGAUAGGGAACUACAUCUUCUCUAUAGUUUAUACUCGAAGAAGGAGUAUAAUUAGAUUUUGAAAGACUUUUCUAAUCGCCAAAUAAUUUGGAACCUGGUCAUUUUUUGCACUAGCGCUCAGCGAUUUCAGUCUACAAGGUGCAUGCGUUCCGCGUAAAGAAAAUCACGUAUUUUCCUAUGCCCUUAUAAAGAUAUCAAACAGAGUCCAUUAAAUUUUGCAAUGAAUGCGCACUAUGUUGUACAUUUCAUGAGGAGUUGUGGUAAGCGGACAGGUACGAUGCUGUCUGAAUGGACAUUACGCGGCCUUAAAUAAUCUCAUAAUUAGAGACUUUUUAAAACCUAAUUAUACUCCUUCGUCGAGUAUAAAAUAUAAAGAUGACAUAACUAUCUAUCAAACGACUACUGCCUGUUAGCAGAAGGUGAAUAUUUCACGAUUCUUACGCUAUGACUGAUAAAUUUCUACCCAAAUAUUCACAUAAACUCUUGGAUUUCACGUUAGACGGUUUGUGCUGAAAACCGUACUCCAAUAUGUCCCUCAAAUUCUCGUGUAACUUAAAAAACCUGGCAAAAGUCAUAAUUCUCUCCGCAAUGUUAGGCAUGGGCGGACAUCCGUCAAAUCUCUCUCUACUCCGUCCCUUGUGAUUGGUCGUUUUCUUGCAUUUUACUACUCUGCCACGGCAUUUUAUUGCACAGACUUUAUGAUGACUAAUCCGGAACGUAUGGUGAUCGAUUUUGAUUUCUUUAAAAUUGUUAUAAAUCCAGCUUAUUCAGAAUGAACUAUUUUUUCCUUAAAAUCACCAGCUUUCAUCCUCUCUACGUACUCGGCUGCGCUAACCGAGAUCGGCAAAUCAGAGCAGUCCUUCGUUUCGGAAGCACAAAAUGGAAUUUUGACAACUCUGAAUACCUUUAUUAAAAAGCAGUGGCCAGAAAUUCAGGUUAGUCAAAUGACUGAGAUUUAACCCACAUGUCUUUUCAAUUAUCUUCCGAAAAACGCUUUACCUGGAGUGCAACACUGUGUUUGACAUACCCAGAGCAGGUGCUUUAAUGUCGCGUUAAGCACUGUUCGGAACCGGUAUAAAGAAUGAUCCCACUUAACUGUCCGUAGACUGCGGAUCGUGCCAUAAGUGAUGUAUGAUAAAGGGAGUUUUAUCAGUGGGGCAGCACGCUAGACAGUAAGCGGACAAAAUGAAAGAAAACACAGCAAUUGCCUGGAUUUAUACCGAAAGUAUUAUCCUACGCCAUUGUACAACAACGGGAAUGAGAGUAGUUAUUAAACAAUAAACAAAAAGUAAAUUUUACAAAAUAAGGAAUUUUGAGUUAAGGUGUGAGAUCAUGGGAAGUAAUCGUUGUUGACAGCAUAAUUCCUGCGACCGCCUGCAAAUGUAUGCCAAGAUACAACCCCAUAUGACACGAUCCACAGUCCGCUGACAGUUAAGUGGGGUCCUUCUCUAUACCGUCGCCUAUUUUUUGUUGUAAAGUACGUCUCUCCUAGAUGUUCGACUGGAGAGUAGGGUAAAUUCCGGUUUAAUAAGUUUAUCUGCAUCAUACCUGUCCGGGAAUCGGUUUUCACCUAUGAACAUGCUUCCCACUGACAUUAGAGGCGUAUGAUCGGUGUCUAUGAGUAAGGGAAAGGGGCGUGUGGAACAACUCUGUGUGCGAUGUAUGGGCUGGGGAUGAGGUGUUUUGAUGGUUUGGGUUUGGGUUGGUAAUUGGGCGGAACGCCCUCUGAAGGGUGGCGUCCAGGCCAGGUUCAGGGCUGCGUGUCACCCGUCUAGGUCUUAAGGAUUGUGAGCGUCUGCUAUGGCCCUCGCAGCCCGGUGUGCCCGGCAGCUGGUUCCCUGUAGGUGGAUGCGCCUGCACUCCCAGUCUUCCUCCUCUCUCUGACCCAUCUAUUUUGUUGUUGGUUAAAAUCCUGAUCAAGCGGUUAACCCCGCACCUGUCUUUACGCAAUCGUUAUUGGCAGGGUAGUUUCUGCAACAGCCUGCAAAUGUAUGCCAAGAUAAAACUCCAUAUGACACCAUCCACAGUCUACUGACAGUUAAGUGGGAUCCUCUUCUAUAUACCGCUGCCCACUGUUCCUGUCAGCACAGUCUCGGGGCAAAAGCUGUUUUCCUGACAGAUCGGCGUAUUUCUCGCCAACAUCAAGUAGACGCGCUUACAUCUAUCAGGACAUGCUAUCACUCGCGGUUUCGAAGAUUGCCAACCGACGGAGUAAUUCCGUCUUUGUCAAAACUGGAAGUCAGGCCGUGAUGACACCUCCUUUCUACGAUCUUUAUAGCAUCCCCGCCUAUGCGAUAUCAAAGUCCUUCAAAAUGUAGCUCGGUGCAUGUAUAUUAGGAACGAGUUCAUGUGUGGCUCGUAUAAACAGGUGAGUUCCAGAAAGCAGUUCAGAAGAAAAAGUGGAAUCAUUGGAAAAAGAAGUUUAUUGGCCUGACGUUUCGUAUUCUCACUCGAACCCCUCAUCGGAAACAGUCGUAGGUAAAGGUAAUGGACGCACAAGGACUGCAGCACUUACAGUAUGUAGUCGCGGUGGAGCCACGGGCAUACCAUAAUGUGGCUCGUCAGUCGCGUCCCAGUCGUUAAUUGCCGAAAUUUCAUCAUCCGUUUUGGAUGUGGGCGUGUUGAUUACUCGUCAAUUUGGUCCGCCGUUACUGGGAUUACUGUUCGCCAGCGCCCUCACCACGUGACUGAUUUCCCUGUCCUAGGGUUGUCUCAGCACCGAAUAUGGUAAUGGGAGGUCAUUAGGUUUGUUGAUGGAUUGCGAGCCUGAGAAACACGACUCGAACAGCUCGCAGCUCACGAGGUUAUCAGGUCAUCCGAGGAUUUCAGUCUCUUGUGGUGGCCUUAAAACCGAAGUGUUCAUGAAAGCGACAAAUACGACGUAGGAACUGAACUUCAACGGUAGCCAAUCACAAACGCAGUUGCUUAAGGACGCUCUGCAGGCAGGUUGAGACGCUAACAGUGAAACGGAAGACAAGAUUGCUGAAUUACAACACCUUCGACGGGUACUACGAACUAAUCUUAACACUGGUCGUUUUAGUAAUCGCAUCUUCUUCUUUUGAACUGCGUGCAAUCUCUGUACUGGUCGUUGGUCCGGGCGCGAACAGUCGACGGGUGCACGAGAGAGGGAACAGGGAGUGAGGCAUCACGGGGUUAUCCAUGUCCGUAAUAAAUCACUGCAUUCGCGACUGAAAUACGUCAGACUCGCAUUUCAAUGUGAAGAACCACGUCCUUCUUGCGUAAUUUAGGUAGGCAUGUAAUUCAGCGAGUUCGAAUCGGAUCAUUCGGUGCUCAGGCUACUGUACGUGUUGUUAUCAAGCUUCUGGGGUUGAGACUAGAGCCAUGGGAUUUGUGCGGGUGAGGGUUUGGAGGGAGCAAGAGGCUAAGAGGACACUGACGUGCUGCAUAAGGUUUUUACCGCCGUUCAGACAAUUUUAGGGCUGCCGUUUGGUUUGAAUUCCAUUCAUGGGUUUAUGGCUAGGUUCGGGAUGAAAGUCUGGGAUUAGAGUUAUAAUAAGGAUUAGCUAGUUUUAGGGAUAGGUUUAGUUUUAGAGAUGGGAUUUGGGCCAGUUUAAGGGUUAGGGUUAGUUUUUGGCUUACGGUUACGUUUUGGGAUCGUGAUUUUAACAUACGCCUAGGGUAACUACCUACGCAUUUCGGCGUUGGGUUGGCUUUCAAAUUUUCAAGAGGGAGGUUGGCCUUAACGAUCGCUUUUUUGCUUUCAAUUACGUCCGGUUUUUGCUUGGCUUUCAGGAAGUUUUGCUUUUCCAGAAAAAAACAAGAUUUGCAUAAUUUGGGAGCAUUUUUAGCCUUCUCCUAGUUUACAGUUCGCUAAAACCUACUGCGGCGGCCGAUGACGUCGAGGCUGGCAUACACGCGGUCAAAUUGACCACCUAGGGUGCAGUAGGUUGGCUAACUCAUGAAAUGUCAACCGAAAUUCCGAAACGCGUUUUCGUUUCGAAAUGAUUAAUUAAGUAGGGUUGUAAAACUAGUCAGCCUGCAGCAUAAUUCUCUAAUAAUUCAGUUACCACAGGAUGCCGGCUUUCGAAUGAAUUUCCAUCCGACUACGUGCAAAAACUACACUCUGUAAAAAGUGACUACCAAUGUAGCAUGAAUUUUUAUCAUUGAUGUUCUAUGCCCCUAGGAGUCCAUUUAUAUUUCAUGGAAAGCAUGCAUAAAAAUAUUCAUUUUUUGAUCAUUCGGUAGAAACGUACGUCUUCUUUGAAGUUUUUACUCGAAGGACUGGCAUAAUUAGGUUUUAAAAGAGGUAUUAAUUGUGGGACUUUUAAAUACUGUGAAAUGGCCGUUAAUAGAUCGUCAUGUCUCUGCAUUUACCCAUGUGGCUUGUAAAGUUAACAAUAUGGAUCAAAUCCACUGCUAAAUUUUAUGAAACCUAUAUGAUCCCCCUUUAUUACCGUAGAGAAAUGUAUGGUUUUCCGUACGCGGAAAAUAUACAGCUUGUAAUUUAGAAACCCUGAAUUCAAGUGUGACGGUAGAGCGGGUUCAAAAUUAUCCGAGAAACCGUAUGGGGUUCAUAAAAUUAAGCAGUGUAUUUGACCCAUAUUGUUAACAUUACAAGCCACAAUGGUAAAUGCAGAAAUAUGACUAUUUAUUAAAGGGCAUUUCACAAUAUUUAAAAGUCCCACAAUUAAUAACUCUUUUAAAACCCAAUUAUGUCCGUCCUUCGAUUAUAAACUCCAAAUAAGACGUAAGUUUCUACCGAAUGAUCAAAAAAUGAAUAUUUUUAUGCAUGCUUUCCAUGAAAUAUAAAUGGACUCCUAGGGGCAUAGAACAUCAAUGAUAAAAAUUCAUGCUACAUUGGUAGUCACUUUUUACAGAGUGUAGUUUUUGCACGUAGUCGGAUGGAAAUUCAUUCGAAAUCCGGCAUCCUGUGGUAACUGAAUUAUUAGAGAAUUAUGCUGCAGGCUGACUAGAUUUACAACCCUACUUAAUUAAUCAUUUCGAAACGAAAGCGCGUUUCGGAAUUUCGGUUGACAUUUCAUGAGUUAGCCAACCUACUGUAGCUUCCGGCUUAUGUAACACUGGGCAGAGCUGUUAGACACCACAUAAGCCAAGCAUAUAGAAAUGGAAUGAGAAAAGAGGUUUCCAGUAUAUGAUACCUAUAUCACGAUAACAAAUGUAUAGAGUGGAAAAAGUGGAAGAUAAUGAAUACGAGACAAAUAGAUAGGUACUGUACAAAUGAUCCAUUUGGAGUGGGUGGUGAUCACGUCAUAUGAGUUACAGGACAGUAGGGAUUGCAACGCUGUCGGCAACUGCUGGUACGGGCUGGCGAGAGUGCGGACAAUAAGAGAGAUGAGAUACGGACAGACGGCGGGAGCGAGGGGAGCGGUGUCAGCGGUAGAAAACGGAGGAACACCGGCCAUUUUCACUGGUAGACGAUCACACCGUACCCAUCCGGGAUCCGCGCCAAAGUGACCUCAGCUCUUUCAAACAACUCUGCUUGACUUGUAGUCUGUUACAACAAUGCUUUUUGAAUUUCGCGCCACUUUUAUAAACUAAAUUGGAGGAUUUAGACAAACUUUUUGCUUAUUUAUUGCUUUGUAACUUUUAACCACUUACAAAAUUCCUGCUUACUACUGUCCUCCCUAAAAGGAGGCAUUCCGUGGUGGUUUAUCGAUUGGUUCUUCUUACACGAUUCCUACCUUUGCAGUGUGCAUGGUUACCAAAUAACGGGAUUACUCGGCUCUUUCCAGGAUGGUAACGGCUUCUUCCGUAUAUGGUUCUCUCACCCAUGUGAGAUCUGCGUCGUUAUUAUUGUAGUUUGGUACAUAUGAAGCAAGCACCAUUUCAAAGUGUGCGACAGGCGUAGACGGUCCGUUUAUUUUUGCUGCCCGCGUCCACUCCCGACUGUAUUGCUUCUGUUUAAUCGUUGUGACAAGGUUGUUGAGGGAAGAGAGCGUGCAAUAGGGGCUGUGAAAGUCCAACUUACAGUAGGUGGGCUAACUCAUGAAAUGUCAGCCGAAAUUUCGAAAUUUGUGCUCGUUUCGAAAAGAAAAUUAAGUAGAGUUGUAAAACCGAUUUUGCGGCAUAAUUCUAUAAUAAUCCAGUUACCUCAGGGUGUCGGCUUUCGAAUGAACUUCUUUCCAACUAUAUGCAAGAACUAUACUCGGCAAAACGACUACGUAAGUAGCAUGCGAUUUUCUGAUAGAUUUUCGAUGCCCUUAAAAAUUCGAUUUUAUUUCGCAGAAAAAAUGCAUAAAAAUAUUCGCUCUUUUGCUCAUUCAGUAGAAAAUUACGUCUUCUUCCGAUUUUAUGCCCAAAGGAAGGCUAUGAUUCGGUUUUCAAAAACGUUUCGAAUUCCCGAAUAAUUUUCAACCCGACCUGCCGUUACACUUGCAUUCAGGGUUUCCAAACUACAAGCCGUAUAUUUUCUGCGUAUGGAAAACCAUACAUUUCUCCACUGUAUUAAGAGAAGAUCAUGUGACUUUCAUAAAAUUUAACAGUGGGUUUGAGCCAUAUUGUUAACUUUACAAGCCACAUUAGUAAAUGCAGGGACAUGACGUUUUUAUGAAUGGCCAUUUCACGGUAUAAAAAAAUCGCACAAUUAGUAACUUUUUUAAAAUCAAAUUAUGCCCUUUCUUUGAGUAUAAAAUUGGAAAAAGAAGCCAUUUCCUAUGGAAUGAGCAACAAACAGCAUAUAUUUUAUGCAUUUUUUUUUCAUGAAAUAUAAUUGAAUUUUUAAGGACAUCGAAAAUCAUUGAGAAAUCGCAUGUUACUUAAGUAGUCAUUUCUACAGACUGUGUUUUUUUGCAUGCAGCCAGGAAAAAGUUUGUUCGAAAGCCGGCAUCUUGUGGUGACUGAAUUAUUAUAGGGUUAUGCUGCAAAAAGAUCAGUUUUACAGCCCUACCUAGCUAAUCUUUUCGAGACGGGAACGAAUUUCGAAAUGUCGGCUGACUGCAUGAGUUAGCCCACCUACUGUACUACUAGCUAAUUCACGCGCAAGCUCCUGCUCUAGGGCUCCCCUCAUAAGACAUACGUGAACGUCAUGGUCCACGACAGUGGAAGCAUUGUGUCCCCUAUUCCGUGGAAUCCGUUUUUGUGCUCCAGCGAUCGUAUCUCCUUCUCAUACAAUUGCGACGUUUAGUUUCUUUUGGUGGUCGCAUUCCAGUAUCGCGGCUAGGAAUUGACCGCAUUAAAGGGUCUGCUGAAAGGCCCCACGUGCUCUCCGAUAAACUCCCACUGAGCCACUACAAACGUUACCCCAGCCAGUAUACUGCUGUAGAUCUGUGUAUUCGAACCUUUUCAUGAUCCGAAGGGAACCGCAAUUUAGUACUUCACAAAAUUUAUCUCACUGAGACAGAUCAUCCGCUCAGUCCAAAAUUAGCUUAACCUCAUAUUCAAAGACAGGAGAAUGUAAAUCUAGUCUGGCAGUUAACAGUCAUGACUACAGUAACUCAGUAGGUGGGUGCACGCGACCGAAGUCGGAAUGCCAGCAAUCAGAUCGCAUUUUGCGGGUAGAGUUUUCUGCUUUCAUGGCCCCCAUAUUUCCCCAUACCCUGCCUCGACAAGCAAACGUUCUGGCCUGCUCUUAAGCCCUUGCACUUUCUAACCUCUUCGGUUUCAGAAAGAAAGACGAACCCUGGAAGACAUGCGUCUAGACUACGCUUCUCUGCGGAAGAAAUUGGAACAUGCAGAAGAUGAGGAAACAAAAAAGGCGGUAAGUUUCUUGAAUUUUCUGUUUGCCUGUAUUUUUGGUAAAUCGGGGAAAGCUUCAUGUUUAUGAUUUGAGCAACAGGAUAUUGUUGUUUGUUACUUUGCUCAAGAUAUACUGUUGCGGUGGCAGUUAAAGUGGUUUACUGUGUGCUCUGAAUGCUGGUAGACAGAACAAAGUAGGAGAAGACGAAGAGGACAUCCUCGCCCAUAUUGUUUCUCUGUAAAAUUGAAUGCAAAAGGUUGGUUUCAGUACUGUGGGGCAUCCUCAGCUUAGGAGUUUUAGUUUUGUGAGCACAGUAACAUUUUUAAAGACUGAUAUUUUGCAGUGAAGUGCGUACUUUGGGACUGGAAUGGCCAUAUCCGGCUUGUUAGCCAUCGUCAGCCAGCCAUACCCAACCCCGAAGUGUGGGACACCUGGGGCUCGAUUCUGCGAUCUGUUUGUCAGAAGUCCAACGCCUCUAAUCACUGAGCCACAGGCUCGUUGUCCAGUAGGUGAGCGUCCUUCUACCUAUAAGACAACGAGUCCGGGCCUUGGCGGUCAGGGGACAUCGGACUUCUGACCAACAGGUUGUUGGAUCGAGUCCCAGAUGUUCCACACCUCGGGGCUGGGUAACACUGGCCGCCGACGGCUGAUAAGUCAGAAAUGGCCAGUUCAGUCUCCAUCGUCUUUGUCAGUAAUGUUACUCCGCACUAAUCGCAAUAUUUCUGGAGCUUAACCGUGCCGCCGUGGAGCUGCUGGCUGGGCUCGAGAGAGAGUAAGAGAGCCGCAAGGCACAGCGGGACGAGUGAGUUUCGUAACAAGAUCGGUGAGCGCUCCUCUACCAUUCAAGGGCUGCUUUACGGCACUCUUCAACCGACUUAAUUUUUGGCCUUUUAGCUGACGGAAAAACUCGAAGCUGCAAAACGCUCUUUUGAUGCUCAACUCUGCAGCACGAAAUUGGUGCUGGAACACAUUUCUACUGCUCAGGUGCGUCUACUUGCAUUUUUUCACGUUUGGUGCCAUAAAAUACUAAUAAACAUGGAUAUUUGAUUUCUCCGCUCAACUUGGGAGCUACUGGAAGCCGGUCAAGAGGUAGUCCUCUUUCACUAAGACAGCCCAAAAACCAACGACAGGACAGUCUCAUUGGCUAAUAUGACGAAGAAGAGUCAUGUCAAAAUUUGUCAGCCGGAAAAUCAGGCGACAGAAAUCGGACAAAAGUCUAAGACGAGGAAAUGUCGAGAAGGGUGUGCAAAUUUGGAAUGAAAUUAAGUUAGCCGUUACCAUUGAAAAUAUUGCAUCUUCGAUGAUGUGUCGUUUAAUCUGGUACCCGACAUCUUAGUCAGUGCAUUCUUUUAGUACUGAUCGUAUCAUCAGCUUUGUUUGGAGCCUAAAACACAACAAGGUAAAGGAGGAAAUGUCAUGCUAACACAAUCGAAUGGCUACCCUUCAGAUGACGUCCACCACAACCGCAGGCCCAAUUAUUUGUGUCUCAGCUGAGAAUAACAGACAGUCACUAAGCCAGGUGGAUAGGUCCAAUCACAAUUUUUUUUGAGAAGCUCUCUGGGCGGAAUGUGGUCCAACUUUUGCACUUGGCACAACGCUUGACUUAAACAUCAGGUGAUCCUCGGAUCACGUUGCGCUGCCUCUGACCUUGAAACGUUGCUGGCUGACGCGAUAGCUGCGACUCACGCAGGACUGGAAGCCAGACUCCAAUGGUUCCUUUUUGCCAUACAGACUUUGUGGCACCCAGGUUGUGUGGGAUCCGAGCUCCCCCCCCCCCCUCCGUUGCAUGUACAGGAGCGGUAAGGAUCGGGUUAAGGCCCCCAAACAUCGAUGUCAUACAAAGAAUACCUACUUAUUGAAGUGGAUUUAGGUCCGACAUGAUUAUUUCGGUUUAGUCUUUCAUCGUACAAGGUUGGGUCGUCUGUUUUCGAUGGUUUAGUGCAUUAUCUACAAUGCUCUCAGCUCAGAGGGUUGAGAAGCGAUCGUUGUAGACACCUAAUGUUUAUUUUUUAAUUGUUCUGCUUAAUUUUGGUUGCUACAUGUCGACGCAUUAAAACUUUUCCGACCGAAAAACAAAUUUACCAAUUAUCUAUACUAAUUUUUCCAUUUCUCUAUGCGUACAUAGGCCCCGCCCGUAAAAUCUCUAUUACCACAUUGUCCGUAAGACAGGCACCUUUGGCUGAUCGUGUGUGUUUGGGGGCCUUCUCCUGAUCAUUGCCACUUGCGCGCGAAUUAGUUUAUAGUGACAGUAGACUUGCGCAGCAUCUACCGCACUCUCUCUUCCCCACUCCCUACCUGGACCCGGUGUCAAGACAGAGGCAAGAAGACCGGAGGCGGGGAAGGGUGCAGAUGGCUGACGCGGCCGGACCCGCACCUGGGCGUGCCAACACACCCCCUGAUCCGCGACAUACACUUGACCAGUAUUUUUCACCAACAACGGCAACAACAACAACGCCCCAACAGGAGUCAAAAGGACGACACAUCACCGACCUCUGCGUCGUCGGGCUAAUGAUGGUCUCUAUCGCUGCAGACGGGCGAUUUAUCGCCUUAAUGAAUCAGAUAAACUUUAUGACAGUUCGAGCGUCGCAUCCGACGAUGUUGUCCGUGUGCCCCACAGCAAACUGAAACAGGCACGAUGACUUGCGUGUGAAUUAGUUUAUGGUGGGUGUAGGCUUGCGCGGCAUAUAUCACACUCUCAUCUCCUCCUCCUCCUCCUCCUCCUCCUCGUCCUCCUCCACCUGAGUCCGGUGUCAAGACAGAGUCAAGAAGACCGGAUGCAGGGGAGGGUGCAGGUGGAUGGCGCCGCCGAGUCAGCACCUUGGCGCUCCACUCUACACUCCCUGGUCCCCAACCAACACUUGACCAGGGUUUUAGCCAACAACACCACGACGGGUCAGAAGUAGAAGGACGACUGAGCGGCCAUGCCCACCACCUGUAUGCCCUGUGGGAGCGCAAGCGCAUCUACCGGCCGGGGACCAGAUGCAAGAGAAUUGCCGGGGCACGCCAGACUGCGAAGGCCAUGGUUUGCUGAUCCUGACAUAGUAGACGCUCACAAACUUUAUGCAAGAUAAUCCACUACCUGCGCACACAGAAGGUUCAGAUCUAGGUUCGAGCAGAGGGGAGGGGGAGUGUAAUGCAGGGUGCCAACCAAUCAGGUGCUUUGGUGGUGGCUUGGUUGUUCGUUUGGGAUGGACGGUUGUGCUGUUGAUCCGAAAUAGUAACUUUGGUUUUCUUCGACAUAAACUGUUAGGUAUGGUCUCCCUGUUGAUUGCACAUUGUCUAAGUGCUCAGAGCAGCUUUUCAUUAAGCAUACGCAGUGUUAGUUUCACCCAACGGUCCGAACCACCGGGAACGUUUUAUGCUACAAGCAGAACACAAACUUUCACAGCUCCGCUUAACUCGCUGUUUAGAAAGAACCGACAUGGCGCAUGGGCAUAUCUGUUGCCUGUGAGAUGUUACGACAUAAAAAGUUUUCUUGACCACCCAUUUUACUGGAAAAAUUCCUCAACUAGCUUGCUUUAUGAUAGUGUGCUUCUAAUGGUGUUUAUCGUUGCUUUUUCACUUCCUGAAAAGAUACAGGCAUCGCUGGCCCAAAGUCUCAAGCAGCUUGCAGCCGAUCAGGUGAAACACAAUGAAUACUGCCUCAACGUGUUGCACAACCUUGCGGAGGCUCUGGGACCUCCCAACCCGUCUGAUGUCUGGUGGGUUCAGCAGUUUUCGGUGUUUCACCCUCCAUGGUCUUUGUUCUAACACUUUACACCUUUUUUCACGAUGACAGUCUACCUGCUAUGGUGGUGACCAGAUUAGCACAUGCUUUGUGAUUCCCAAACGUACAGGAGAUUUCACUCUUCGCUCAACUUCCAAAGUCAUCAUUGCUGACGAUCUCGUCAGCAUAGACGAAAAAGCAAGUUUCAGUUACUAACGAGGACAACGUGCGUGCCGUCGAUGGAAUAAGGCUUUAUUGGGUAGUGGUUUCGGAUUCACACCCGAACCCCUCAUCAGAGACAGACACCAGGAUAGGUAGCCAAAUACUGGGAUUCCAGCGUUCUUAUUAAGCGGUUACCAUGUGGCCGCACGUUUUCUGAUUGUCAGACCACGUUCCAGCCACUAAUGACGGGCAUUCAUGGCAGUUUUUUUAAUGGGCACAAUUAAUUGGCCGGCUAAAUCCUAGUCGUUAAAUACUACGUCUUUGUCAACAGCAUUUAGUGAAAAUAUGCUACUUGGUAUCGUCUCGCGGCGCAGUGUUAAUUAAUUCAGAGAUUAUGAACACUUUAUUUGAAAGGAGGUCAGCGAACUCGGUGGUUGAGCGUACAUCAGAGGAUCGGGGCACAAGAAACCCUCGACUCAUGCAAUUAGCCUUUCGUGCCAGGGUCCCGACGUCACCUAGCUUGAAGAUGUGGCCGAAUCACGCCGAGAGAGCAACGACUUAGAAAUUAACGUCAUUUAUCCUCACUGUUAAUGCAUGUUCAGCUAUCCGCGUCCACGUCAGUUUUCCUGUUUUUACAACCCAGUUGUUCUGUCCCAAGUGCACAUGAUUCGGUAAACCACUACAGGUGCCUCCUGACAUGACAGUAGACCUCCCGGUCUUGUCAUGUGGUAGUUCGUUAAUCAAGCAACGUGUGGCCAAAUCACAAUUGCAGCCCGUUGGGUCUUUCUAUCUCUCGCCUUCUCAUCUUUCCUCGUAUAAUGAGUCUGAUUACGAGUCUGCAACUAUAGACCAUUCGAACCCGCAUUCCAGCAAUCAAGGAAACCUCUAAAAACUGCUUUCUUUCAUGAUGACGUAGCGAGUUGUGAGAACUCCUUUAAAAUACCUAACUAUCUGUAUGAACCUUGAUGUAUUGGCUUCCAAGGGUCUUUCGAAAAUCUAUUUGGUUGCACGGAAGCGAAGUAUUGUCAAGGACAAAGGGGUGGAUAGCCAUUUCUGGUUUGCCCGGCGUCGUCAGCUAAACAAAGCAGCGAAGAUCAGCGGAUUCGACUAUUCACUGAACAAAAAUCGUUACCUCCGCAAGUCUGGUUGACGCCCUAUCGCUCUUACUGUCGAUCAUGCUUAUAUUCGCAAGUGAGUAGUUAACAGCGAUUUUACUCGACUACGAGAAGACGAAAGCGGGCAUUUUACCUUACUUCAGAGACCUGGAGGACAGCAAGCGUUCAAGAGGCAAAAAUCGAUAAUCGAUUGGUAGGAACGGUUGGUAUGCUCUGGCGUAUUUGCUGUCGCUAGUUGAACGUGCCGCAAUACAAGGCAGGAGCAGACUUGGCGCUGGGUAAAUUGGUCGUCUAUCGAGGCGUGCUGUGACACCGGAGUCACGGUAUUUUCACCCCGGUGGCUGUCACCGACAGCAAUCUACGUCACGUGAUUGCGGUGCUAAGCCCCGGCCGUACCGUUUGGCCUUGGAGUUUAGGUCGCGUGUCCUGGAGAGCACUUUAACAGUAUCGAAAAGACAACCACGGAGGGGUGACUUUGCGUUUCCUCGACCGUGGGUGACAGGCCGAGACCUAAUGGCUCAACGGUGGAGCACUUUCCCAGGGCUUGCUGCCAGGUCCUGUGUGAUCACUUCACCUGGCAUAACGGCCAUGUUUGGUCUCGUUGCUGGAGUAGACUGAUGAACGCAACGCACAUGUGAAACGAUCGAAUGGUACGAGCCGGGUUUCCGUACCGUAAUCAACAGGUGAAUGUCCCUUUUACACUAAUUCAUAUUUCCCCCCCUUUAAACGACAGUGUGGAGCCUAAUGUUGCGUAAUGUACGAUGGCCACAGCACGAGCACCAGCAAAAGGCUAAUCUUCUCUUGCGUGGCGCAGCUGCGAUGCUUUUGGCUCGUAAAAAGGGUCACCAGUAACCUCCAUUUGCUUUCAUGUAUACUCUUUAGCUUCAAAAUGUAUGCUUAGAGCAGAGAUUGAAGCACUUGCCUGGCUUUUUGCUGGCACUCGUGUUGUCAGUAUGAUGAAUCACGUGACACUGGUUUACCGCUCAUAACCCAUUGGCAGUUUGUGAUUAUUACUCAGUCGGUUCCGAACUGAGCCUGAGAAGCAUUCGUAACAAAAACUUUUUUUCAGUUUCGCAAACCAAUUCCUAAAGAAAUUAAAAAGCUGAAGUAUGACUUAUUUGUGGUGCGAAAUCAGAUAUUGCUAGGACAAGACUGUGCUAAAUUGCAGUUUUACUGUCGUUUACGUAACAAUCCGAUUACUUUAGUAGGUUCAACACUCGAAUUGUGUGGAUUCGCACUUUGUAAAAUGUGUAGAAUCGCUUGUACUGCUUAAGAAGGUACUUACGAAGAUGCGAUUUUAAAUCUGGCCUUGUAUGAAGCUUUGACAGUCAGUCGCUUUACCUCCCUCCGACUGAAUUUACAGUAAACUCAAAAAGCUUCUGUAAAAACAGGAAGCAAACCACUCUGAGAAGUCCUUCGUAUAAUGAAACAAAUUGCACAUCACCCUUUUCCAUCGGGCAUGCGUUUUCAGCAUGCGCAAAUGACGAUUUUGAGUGCAUUUACUUGUGGCCGAUUUCAUUCAUUCAUCCAUCCCUUUAAUGUCCGACUUUUAUCAGCUCAUUGUUUGCCUUUCAGACCCUAAACUACGCUCUCCAACGUCUUAUCAUUCAAUGAUCUCAUUCUUCCAAUUUGCAUUCAGACGUCCUUUCGGAUUUGGUGUUAUUUCCUGUCGAGUUGCACACACACACAAACACACGCACCUCGACUCCCCCACCUUCCACAUUGUCGUUGUAUCGUACGACAGGCGAAGUCAGUAUAUUGUCCAUGGUUAGGCCAUUUAUUCUGGCAAUGGCUUUCAACAUGUCCCACACAGUCACAUCAAAACCCCCCUCACCUGUGGUCGGUUUUUAAAAAAUAAUUUUGUCCCUUGCCUUCAAAUACACUCGUGCCAAGACAACGUGUUCUUUAAAGCCAUGCAUUCAAGUGAACUCUAGAUAUUGCAUUUUCGAACCUCACUAGUGCAUGGCGGGUGAGCAGAGGUCGAUACGAAUCCACGCGGUCCUUCUUCGGGGCAAUAAUUCUUACUCGUUGGAGUUUAUAAGGAGGCGCUAAUGGUCGUGACUUCGAGGGCAGUCAACGGAGACGAUGACUCGAUCCUGCUCAAAACUAUAGGUCUAGCUGUGACCCCUGUGGCAAUUCUCACUGACGUCAGCUCCGAAUCAGGAAUACUCAGUGUCUGGGUGUGCACGUGUCUGUGUGACGUUGGCAUUUGGGAACAUUUUGCAAGUCCAGCCACCGCGGCUGUGUCCAAUCUCCAGUUGUGAAUCAGUCAGUAUUUAUGUACUGCUGACUGAUUACCCCCUAAAAAGGGUCACGCUGUGGAUACAAUGGACCAAUACAGCGCCCAGAUCGUUACUGGCAAUGCCCAGCCAAAUCAAACGCCAUCAUCGGGGGUGUGGCGGCAUGUUCAGUUGUUGGUUCACUCCGGGCCAUUUGAUAUCCGAGCGGCCCCUUCCAUUUGUGUUGUGGUAAAAUAUUUCCAAUAGAAGCGAAGAGACGAGUCCCAGGAAGCAAUCUUAAAGAAGGAGACACGAUCGCUGGGACAAGUUCUUUAUUAGCCUGACGUUUCGGAUUCCUACUCGAACCCAUCAUCAGAGAGAAUAGCAGAUACGGGGGGUACAGGCACAAGGGACUGCAGUAUUUAUAGGAUGCAGUCGCCAUGCUACCGCAUACCUAUGAACAUUCACGGUUCCCCCCUUCAUCCGGGAUCGUCGCACUUGGUGUGAUAGCCGACAUUCGCGUCGUUAACUGCUGCAAUUUCAUCACGUGCGUUGGAUGUUGGUGUGAUGAUUGCUCGAUCAUCUGACGCACCGACCCUGGUGGUGGGAAAAGUGUUCACCUGUGCGCUUCCCGCGUGGUUAAUUACUCCGCCUAGGCGAAGUCUCAGCAUAGAGUAUGGAAGGGGAAGGUCAUUGCACUUGUUAAUGGAAUGGGGGCCAGUAAACCAUGACUCAAGCAGCUCACGGCUCACGCGGUUGUCACCUCUAGCGAGAAUUCCGGCCUCGUCGAAUUUGAAUGUGUGGCCUGAUCUCGUCGAAUGAGCCACAACUUGAGAGCUAGCGUCAUUUCUCCGCACCGCUGCAGCGUGUUCGGCCAUCCGCGUUCGGAGCUGUCUUCCGGUUUCUCCGACGUAGUUGCUUUGUCCGCAACUGCACCAGAUCCGAUAAACUACUCCAGACGUUUCUAGCCGUGGCAGCGGGUCUUUUGGUUUCAUUACCUGACGCCUGAUGGUUGCCUCCGGUCAUGUGGUAAAAUAUCUCGGUCAGUCUCCGCUGAGGACCAGAGGGCUUAGGCGCAGGUUUGCAACGUGUUAGACACGUGCGUCCUCUCCCGCCCUAGGGCUUCUUGAGUCUGUUUUGAAACCGUCUUCAGGUGAAGUGUGACAGGGGCUGCGCAAGUCUACCCUUAGUAUAAACCAAUUCACGCGCAAGUUACCGUCCCUGCUCUCGCUCUGUUGUGGGACACGUGGUGGACAUCGUCGGCGACGACGGCCAAACUGUCAUACUGUUGACGGACAGUUUGCAAAUACUACGCAGUCUGUUCCGCAGAAGCCGAUGACGUUCAGCUCAAAUAUGCAUACCAACCUUCAGACCGAGCUUGAAAUGGUUUAUUGCGAAGGACUCACUCCAGGUUUGCCGGUUAAUUUCUGAGGUCAUUAUACCUUUUUUCUCCAUACUGGAAUCUGUUUUGCGUUCAGUCCAAAACUAUCACUUAGGGCUGCUCUUGUCCUCGUCGGUUCUGACGUGCAAUCUAUAGUGUUUUCAUUCUGUGAGUCGCUCUCAGGCGAACGUUCGUGGAGUUUCCUGUUAUCAACGGCAUGCAUCGCUGGAUUGACUUUUUAACGGUAAAAAAUUAACGAAAGAAGAGGCUUUGCCACUAGAAGAAAUCGCCAAGCGAGAGGUGGUGGAGUGUAACACUGAGUUGUGUUAGGUCGUAGCGCUCCCAGCUUGGCCGUACAUGAUGAAAAAAUAUGCGAAAUUAAUUAAAGCUUAUAGUCGUUGGUUAGAGCCUUAUUUCGCCAUCAGACGCCCCGUCUGUCUCUCUACGCGUCCGCUGACUGCGUAAGUCUUUAGACUCCCUUAUUUACUAUCACAAGUAAUGCCCCCGCCUCCAAUAGUCCGCUGUGAUUUGUUAUUCGUUUGUUCCGACAUAGCUUACCCGAGCAUGGCCUAUCUAAGCUUGAGGCAUGAGAUGCAAUAGAGCAUAACGGUUGUAGCUUAGACUUGCUAAAUGCGCGAACUUUGAGUAACUUCUUCGGGACGGACCUUUUCUGGCACGGUCCGAGAUUUGAUAUGAAUAUUUGGGCUGAAAUCCAUUAGUAGCCACCAACCAUAUUGAUAAAUAUGGUUAUCCCUACGAAAAGCGGUCUGCUGGGAAGCCGCGUCUGUUCCUGUGAGCCGUAAACAGAGACUUUGCGUGCUGCACCUAUGCAAGUGUCGACUUUUCACCGGUGAUUUGUUGGAAAACAACCUGUCAAGACUGCUAACAUACAGUAGGUGGGCUAACUCGUGAAAUGUCAAUCGAAAUUCCGAAAUAGGUUUUCGUUUCGAAAAGCGUAAUCAAGUCGGGUUGUAAAACAAGUCAUCGUGCGGCAUAAUUCUAUAAUAAUUCAGUGGCCUCAGGAUGCCGGCUUUCGAACGAACUUCUUUCCGGCCGCGUGCAUAAACUAAACUGCUUAUGUAGCAUGUAUGUUUCUCAUUGGUUUUCGAUGCCCUUUAAUUUAAUUAUAUUUCAUGGGAGACAUGCAUAAAAGUAGAAAAUUACGUCUACUUCCAAUUUUAUACUCGAAGGAGUGAUAUUAUUCAGGUUUCAAAAAACUUUUUUAAUUCCCGAAUAAUUUUGAACUCAACCUGCCAUUACACUUGCAAUCAGGGUUUACAAACUACAAGCCGUAUAUCUUCCGCGUAGGAAAAACCAUACAUUUCUCUGCGGUAUUAAGAGGAGACCAUAUGGGGCUCAUAAAAUUCGCCAGCGGAUUUGAGCCAUACUAUUAACUUUACAGGCCACAUCGUCAAACGCGGUAUUAAAAAAUCUCACAAUUAGAAACUUUUAAAAACCCGAAUUAUACGCUUUCUUCGAGUAUAAAAUGGAAAGUAAACGUAAUUUUCAACCGAAUGAGCUCAAGGAUGAAUAUUUAUAUGCAUGCUUUCUCCGAAGUAUAAUUGAAUUUUUAAGUGAAUCGAAAAUAAGUGAGAAAAAUGCAUGCUACUUAAGUAGUCAUUUUUUGCAGAGUAUGGAUUUUACAUGCAGCAGGAAAGAGGUUCGUUCGAAAGCCGGCAUCUUGAGGUAACUGGAUUAUUAUAGAAGUAUGCUGCUCAAGGAUCACGUUUACAACCCUACUUUAUUAAUCUUUUUGAAAUGAAAACGCAUUUCAGAAUUUCAGUUACCAUUUCAUGAGUUAGCACAUCUACUGUAAGAAAGAAAAUAUAACCGCAUCCAUGCGAGUGUCGACUUUCCACUGAUGAUUUGUUGAAAAACAACUUGUCAAAACUGCUGACAGGCCUAUCCCCAGGCAGCGGUCUGCUAGCAGAUUCAGCGAUCAUUUUUCUCCUUCAGAAACUGACCUUAUUUGCAUAAAGUGCUCUCGGUCGCCAAUGCGCAAUUUAUAGUGGCAGCUGAAUCCAAUGUGUCAUGGCGUGGCUAAAUUACGACCUCCUACAGAUGCAGGUCAUCAUGCGAAAGUUGCGGCACUUGGUGUACAGCGCCAUUAAAUUUAAGGGGAGUAUACAUAAUUACCCGCUUCCGGACACCGGAAGUUGGUUAGUUUUGCAACCGAGUUGCUACAGUGGGUAUGCUACAGUUUCCACCAUCAACAGCAGUUAAAUCGUCGACUUUGAAGAUAUCCACCGUCUGCCCAAAAGCAUAGCGGGCGCAGAGACGGUGACUUGCACGUGAGUUAGUUUUCAGCGACAGCAGACUUGCGCUGCAUCUAUCGCACUCCCUCCUCCUCAUCCAACAGGGACCGAUGUCAGGACAGAGUCAAUAAGACCGGAGGCGGGACCAGGUAUAUGUGUUUGGCGUGGAGGGGGUUGGUGACUGACUGACACUUUUUGCAGAAUGGUUCCGCCGCCUAUCAGGCGAUUGGUUGAGUUUGGACGAUACUUCCAGUCACUCAGCUAUCCGGAGGUUGUCUGUAAGAAGUAUGAUCAAGUAAUAGACAUCAAGGUAAAAUGCCUUCUUAGGCACCGGCUAUCAUAACAAGGUAAGGGGUGCUCACUUAUUUUUAAUGUGGUUUAUAGAAACGGAACGGUUCUCUCUCGAGCCCGACUAAUAGCUAAACAGCGGGACAUGACAUAGGCAGAAGGGUAUUACCGGCGUAAACAAGAGAGACUGGAGUGACCGUAUCUGGCUUAGUAGCCGUCGUCAGCCAGUCAUACCCAACCCCGAGGUGUGGAAUACCUGGGGCUCGAGAGAGCGCCCGUAAGGCACAGCAGGACGAGUGAGUUCCGUAAGAACGAUCGGUGAGCGCCCCUCUACCAUUGUGCAUUUCCGGUCGAAAACGACAGGACAACGAGCGCGUGGCUCAGAGGUUAGAGGAUUUGGACUUCUAGCUAAUAGGUCGCGGGAUCAAGCCCCAGGUGUUCCACAAUUCGGGGUUACGCAUGACUGGCUGCCGAUGGUUAAUAAGCCAGAAAUGUCCAUGUUAGUCUCAAUUGUCUUUGUCAGUAAUACUAUUUUACUGUAUUUUCAUCACGAUUAUCAUUUCCUUUUGUUUCUAUGGCGGUCCUAUCUUUGCUACAUGUUUAUGUUGCCUAGCCAACAUGAUGUUUGUGCGUACAUUUUUUCGUUUUUUGGACUGCGCGGAAUGCGCACUUCAUUAAAUUUUAUCUACAUGUUGCCCAAAUAGCCAAUCCCCUGGCAGGGUUUUAUAAGACGCCUAGGCGUACCACCACACCCCCAUAUGUGACAUUUGUUAUAGGUGCGCCUGUUUUGUCCUGGUGUGGACUCCAAGUUGGUCCAUCGCAUCUGCCGCCCGGCUCUUUGUAGGAACACCUCCAACUUCAAUACAGCAUUUUUAAGAUUUGCUUGUCAAGCUGCAAAACUCCUACAACCGUUUCACUAGUUGAUCAGAAGAAGAAGCGGUCGCUGGAACAAGGGCUUUAUUCGCCUGACGUUUCGGAUUCUCACUUGAACCCAUCAUCAGAGACAGUAGCAGACCGUUACCCAUUUCUGCCACUGUCUCUGAUGAUGUGUUCAAGUGAGAAUCCGAUACAUCAGACGAAUAAAGCCCUUGUUCCAGCAACCGCUUCUUCUUCUUCUUCUGAUCAACUGUUUCACUAUUAUCCCUCCCAAUUUCGCCGACAAAUCUAAAAAAAGAUAAUCUCGAACAAAAUGAUUAGUCUGAAUGUACAGGUAAUGCAUGACAGGAGAUCACCCAACUUCCAGUUCGCAACUAACUCCCACAUACUCAAUGCUCUUGUCGAGCCUGGCAUCGCAAAUCCAGGCGAAUUACUGGACUGCUAUUUAUACUGCAAGUUAAAAAAACAACACUGACUAACUCACACAGUUGGCGCAGGUAAUGCUGGUAGCCUCUUGGGCGGGGCACCGAGAUUCCGGUCAGGAAGCUGACUCUUCAAGUGAGCUUGUCGUGGAGUCGUCUCCUACCGGUUAAACCUCCUAAAUCAACAAUUCGCCGUCAAAACAUGCGUCCUGAGUACUGUCUUGACCUAAACACCCAGGACGUUGUCUUAUUCACGAGACAGCUAGAACAUUCGGAGAGAAGUCUUUCUACAACAUCGUUUUCGUCAUUUCACGGAUAAUCGUACUCCUCUCUUGAACAAUCUGACCACAAACCUGCCCUGUUAUGCAGUAAAAGAAACGUGCAGCGCAGAGUUGAUUUUUUUCACUUUUAUACACUUAAGAACACCAUGUUUCAUUGCCCAGAAGACCACUUUUAUCACCACUCCCGUUCUACAGGUCUUCUUACGCUAUAGUUAAUGGGUGGAAUUAUUCUGUACUAAAUUGCCUUUUAUGUACCGCAACAAGCUUGCGGUAAAUAUAUUUCUUCUUCUUAUAUAUGCAGUGCGUGACCGAUCUCAUGAAGUGUUGGCCGAAAUUCUGAAAUGCGUUUUCGGUUAGGAAGGAAUACUUAGGUGGCGUUGUAAGAUUGACUAUUAUGCCACGUAAUCUUAUAGUAUUUAGGACUCACCAGAACGUCGACUUUUGAAUGAACUUCUUUUCGACCUCCUGCAGGAACCAAACUCAGAAAAAAUUGACAACUUAAGUGGCAUGCAUUAUUUCGCAUUGAUUUUCGAUGGUCUUGCAAAUUCAAAUGUAUUUUAGAGGAAUUACAAACAAAAUAUGCGUUUCUUCAGUCGGUUGAUAGAGAAUCACGUCAUCUCUAUAUGCUCGAAGAAGGAGUAUAAAUAAGUAUAAGUAUAAAAGAUUCUAAUUAUGAGACUUUAAGACCGUACAAUGCUCAACCAUACAGCAUCUUACCUGUCCAUUUGCCAAUGCUCCUUAUGAAAUGUACAACACAGUCCGCAUCCUCUGCAAAACAUAAUGAACUGUGACCGAUAUCCUCUUAAAGACAUAGAGGAAUAUAUGAUUUUCCUUAUUCGGAAAGCAUGCACCUUCUAGUCUAAAAUGGAUAAACGCUAAUGCAACGACAAAUCAACCACAAAAUUAUUUGGGAAUCAUAAAACCUUUUUCAAAACCAAAUAAUAAACUUUGUUAGGAUUUAACAUAUAAAGACAAUGUGGUUUUCUACCAAAUUAUCGAAAGAAAGAAUAUUUUGUGCAUGUUUUCUAUAAAAUACAUUUGAAUUUGCAAGACCAUCGAAAAUCAAUGCGAAAUAAUGCAUGCCACUUAAGUAGUCAAUUUUUGCGGAGUUUGGUUCCCGCAGGAGGUCAAAAAGAAGUUCAUUCAAAAGUAGUCAUUCUGACAAGUCCUAAAUACUAUAGGAUUAUGUCGCAUAAUAAUCAAUAUUACAAUGCCACCUAGGUAUUCCUUCCUAUCUGAAAACGCAUUUCAGAAAUUCGGCCAACAUUUAAUGAGAUCGGUCACGCAAUAUGCAUGUGGGAGCACGGGUCUCAUUUCCUUAGAAGUCAUCAUUGCCAACAUUCUGGUACUGCGGGCGGUCCUGCCUCAUGUUUCGGUUUUAAUAUGUGGGCAGCUCUGCUCAUCACUCAAUCACGAUGUGAAAAUGAUGCUGCAAGUGAGGAUUGGGUUUAGGAUUAGGGCUGCGAUCAGGGCUAGGAUGGGACUUAAAGUGAGGGUUAGGUUAGGCAGUGCGUUCCAGUCGGAGUAAGGGUAGAGGUUGAGUGUGUCUCCUGCAUACUGGCCUUGUUUAAUCAGUAACCAUAGAUUACCUAUUUUUCGUCCGUUUACACGCUCCUAGUUGGCAUAUUUCAGAUUGCUCGGUCUGUUCCGCACCUUAUCGAAGUAAUACAAAAAACAUAUGGCAGGAAUGCCAGCUGCCUCAGUGUUCUACACAGACUUCGCUUAUUGUUACAUCCAUCUGAAUUACUGGCAAAACUGAUAUUAUCAUGGUAGAGGAACGCUCACCGAUCGUUUCUACGGAAGUCACUCCUCCUGUUGUGCCUUCUGGCUCUCUCUCGAGCCCAACCAGCAGUCGCACAGCGGCGGAUGGUAAAGGUAGAAUGUUAUUGCCAACAAGUGCGAGAGAUACUGGAGUGGCCGUUUCUGGCAUUUUAGCCGUCGUCAGCUAGCCAUACACAACCUCGAAGAGGGGAAAACCUCGGGUUCGACCUCCUUACUUGUUCGCUAGAAGUCCAACGUGUGUACCCACCGCGCCACGGGCUCGUUGUCCUGUUGGUAGAGAUUUGGAAUGCACAAUGGCAGAGGGACGCUCACCGAUCGUUUAACCGGGCACAACCGUCAGGACAGUGGCUCAGUGGUUAGAGGCAUUGGACUUCUAACCAACAGGUCACGCAAUUGAGCCUCAGGUGGUCCACACUUCGGGGAUGUGUACGGCUGGCUGAUUAUGGCUAAUAAGACAGAAAUGGCCAUUUCAGUCUCUCUUGUCUUUUGUCAGUCAUGCUACUUUGCCUGAUAUCACCAUCCUCACCGUGGUACAGGCGUCUCCGUGUUCUAUUUCUAAGUGCGCCUACGCAUUAAUCCUCGUCGGUUAUUUUGAUAGCAGUGGCAGUUGUGACAAGGCUUAUUUGCUCAGGGCAUCCUUCGAGUUAAUGGGUACGUAGAAGACAGCGGCGUUUCAAACAGUGAAUAAAAAGAAAUGAGUCACCACGUGAAGACAUAUCCUGGCGAUAGAAAAAACAGCCAGAACUGGAGAUUUCCAUGAAGUACCCAGCAGUCCUUCUGGCUUGAGCAAUAGAAGAACGACGAAAAUCACUGCUUUACUUAAUCUUACCAACUCGGCCACGCAAAGUGCUAAAGGAUAGCAUGUUCUUAAUUCAACUGACACGACUGUGAAACUCUCGGCUGCGUAGAUGUGAUUCAAACCUACGGUGGCAAAAGCAAGGCUUAACUACUGUUGACGCUGUAAUCACCUGAGCUACAAAUUUGUGAUCGAAUGGAAGGCACGCCAAGGGAUUCGCCAAUUUCUGGACUAAUAGAAGGUACCUUCGUCACCGGGUGUUCACACUGGAUGUAAAGUCAGCCACAGUGGUUGAUUAAGUAUUUAUUUUAAAUAUUGCAUGCCUGAUGUGGCAACGAUAAUGAAUACGAGCGUAAAUCAUACUGACUGAAUUACCGUUUCCAACCUGGUUCCUGAAACUUGUAUGUAUCCGGAAUUUUUUGGGAAUGAUGCACUGAACUGGCCAUCAUUGGACUGUCAGACGUUUACUAGAGGAUGGGCAGUUCAUGUACCACGUGAAAAAGAGCCCAGAGAAACGCCAGUAUCAUCCAGUUUUGGAAGUUCUCUCUAGCGAGGAGCAUACUGACCGGUGACGGUGUCAUGGAACUUAACUGCCGAGCUGCUGUUGCACCAAUCACCAGCACAGGCGAUUUAACCGCUGUGACUGAGAGCUCGAAUACGAGGGAUCACGUCAUCAUCGGGCAGAGUAAGGAGAAGAAGAAGAAGAAGAAGAAGAAGAAGAAGAAGAAGGAGUAG